AUGCCCCCAGACGGUGCCCUGGGGGAGCUCCGCUCUUGUUGGCAGGUGCCAGCCAUCGCCCAUUUCUGCUCCCUGUUCCGCACCGCCUUCCAGCUGCCCGACUUCGAGAUAGAGGUAAGGGUCUCCCGGGGAUCGGGGUACCGGGGGAGUGAUGGGAGUGAGGGGGUGCAUGUCUCCCCGCUGGGGGCAUUGGGGAAAGUAACUGGGGGUAACAGUCGCCCUUCCCCAAACUGUACCAGAGUUAGUUUGUUUGCCCUACAAGGGGUGGGGGCAGCUGGAAGGGCAGAUAAACAUGGGGGUGGGUUGCACGGGGUUAAUGGGCAAAUGGGAGCGUCUGCCCCAAACAAGCACCCCCGGGGUAGUUACACAGGGCACUGCUGGCACAGGGUGAGCUGCUACAGGGGGCUGGAUGGUACUGAAUGUUUAAAUCAAUGGCUUGUGUGGGUUCAGGGGGUUUCCCCAUACAGCACUCUCUCAGUCAGGGUUAGUACAGUAAGGAGAGUUGUUCUGUGUAUUAACAUGUAAGGCGAGAGUAGCCUAGCUGGAUCCAGGGGUGAGUUGGAGAAUAUUUCCAGUUUGGCUUUUUUUCUGAUCGAGUUUAAACUCCCUAGUGAGGGCUCGGUCUGCACACACUGUCAGCACCUGGGUUUGGCCUUUAGCCUGAUACAAUACCAGUUUUUAUGGAGUAACUCACAUUGCCCCUAUUGCGUGUGUGUGAUUGGUAAUUGUCUACCAAAACUUGAAACCCCUAAUUUAUUUGGAGAGUAAAUCAUGUAGAUAAGUGCAAACCCAGUCGAUCCCUCUGUCUUCUCAUAUGUUUUUUUUUUUUUUUUCUACCAUGUUUCAUUUUGAAUUUGGGAUGAGCAAGUACUCUGAAUGGAUAAUGUGUAAAUGUUUUCAAGAUUCCCCAAGCCAGCACCCAAAUCCUAUUAAAUUACAAAAACAGCUAAACUUCAAACAUUUCCAAUUCUUAAACGCCCCCUUAAUUUACCAAUUAAUCCAUGCACUGUUUAGAAAUCCAUCGUCUUGGUUUUGUACUACUCCAUUGCAUAUUUUGGCUUUAUGUUAAGUGUUGUUGUCAUUUGUUAAACGUUAGUACCUUCUGUUGGAAAAGCAGAGCCUGGUAAUGAUAUGCCAGGUAACUAGUAAUAGGUCUGUGUAUUUGUUAGAUGAACUACUACUUUUAUUUGUCCUAAUCAAAUUUAAGGAUUUCAAGAAAUGCAUGGGGAUUUAUUGAGACAAAUAUUCUGUAUGUUUACAAUGUGAUUAUUCCAAAACGUAUUAAUCAAACAGAUUUAACUUAACGAAUGUGUGCUUGAACUUUUAGCUACAUGUGCCCUGUAUUGAGGACUUUUUAAUAAAAUGUACCCUAUUCCUAAAAUUACUACCUGGGACUUAAACAGACCAAACUAUUUGUGCAGACUUGAUGUUGUAUUGUUAUAAAAGUUCACAUGUUAAUCUGUUGUUGCAUGGUAUCCUGAAUGCAGAAUGGCAGCCUUUACAGAUAGAAACUUCUUAGACUCAUAUUAUCUGUGCUACAUAAUGAUACUCUAUUUUUGCACAAAUCAGACUUUUUUUUAAAGGACUGUUUUCAUGUCCUAGGUGUUAACAUUUCAUGCAGAUAGUGAAAACAAUCAUUUACAUUCUUAAAUAUUCUGCCUGAAUCUGUGUACCUACAUUGUGUAUAAUGUAUAUACAUAUAUCCAUGAGUGCCAAAGGUGAAACCAAUCAAUUGUCAAACUGUUAUACUCCUUUAAUUUUUUGCUGUUCAGGAUGCCAAUUAAAUACAUUUUAAAAAUGCAUUGAUUCCCACAAGGUUUUCAACCACCUUAGUGAAAAGAAAGGGGUUGACGAUUAAUUGAAAAAUAAAAUAGUUAAUUCGAAUGGGCUAUGUUAUUAAGCAGUCGUUGAAUAGAUGUCACUUACUGUAUGGUGGGCUUUUUGCUUUGUUGUGGUAUAGCCUACAAGGAGGGUGACACAGAUGGGUAGCUGGCAGGAGGGCAACGCUUAUAAAGAGGGGAGGUGGGGUAACAGUUAAACCUCCUCUGGCACUAAAAGCAGCGACUGACAAAUAUUUGUAGUAUUUAAGAACCAGACAGAUAUUUAUUAACAAAACAGGCUUUUAAAUAGUUUUUUUGGGCAGCCAGGUUUGGGGUAUAUCACUUGAGUAUUGUAUGAGCUAUUUAGAUAUAAAGUUUAGUACCUAAUUGCUAAUAUUUUUUUUAGGAGCAAUAGAUUCCCGGAGUUAUCCCCAUCAGUCAAAUGUCUUCUCCGAAAGUUGUCCCAUACAGUUCUCAAGGGUUAAACAUGUUAGAAAGGGGUUAAUGAAAUAUCCUUGUCCCUCCUGUGGCUCUCUAUUGGGAUGCAAUCUGGUGGAUGUAAUAGAAAAGGUUUUGUUGUAGGCCUUGCAGAUAGUUGGUGGAGGGGAGAGGGGGUGGGGUGAUGGGGUCUCAGGAGCUGGGGAAACCCCUGUGUUUGUUUUGUUCUGGCGACUUUGUGUCUUCCAGAGGCUGCAGGCAUCUAGCAGGAGGACAAUGUGACUCCACUGGGUUUGUGCUAGAGGCAGAUUUGGACUAACCCUUUCAUAGCUGAUUAGCAAGCAGUAUGUGUUAAUUAUAGAGCUCUCUCUCAAUAUAGUGUAUCUAACGCCACGUGCCUGUUGGCUUUUGUUUUCUUUAGUUCUCUGCUUCUGUGUUUAUCACAGUGGACUGGAACUGAAAAGUUUAGGAAUAUAUCCCAUAUCACUCAGUGUUUAUAGUACCAUCAGUUAUGUGAAGAACUGUCAUAAAUCUAAGGGGCUGGAAUGUGAUUCCUUGAUGACAUGACUGUUAAGUGUCAAAUUUUGUUUUUGUAGUGACAUUUUGCUUUGUAUCUAAUGACAUUAAUUCCAAACAUGUACCACAACUCAUAGACAAUUCCUGUUGCGUAUUCUCCAAUAUCCGCCAAAUCGUUUUUAAUAAUAGGGCAUUAAAUAAGACAUUCAAUCUGUUUUAGGGUCAACUUUAUUUAUUGGAGCUUUUUAGACAUUUUUAUUUAUGGCAGUUGUAUAGCAACUCUUGUUUUUAAAUGUAAUGAAAAUUGUGAGUCACAAAAUAUGUAUUUUUUUUCACUCCACUAUAUGUGAUUAAUGCAACAUCUGAGAUCUUUAUGCAUUCCCCUCUGUUUAGCUUACAUGUAGAUGCAUAAGGCCAUUGGGGUUGUGGUGGUGGGGGACAUCUUUGCCCCUAGCUAAAGCAGGAUGUGUAUUGUCCUGAAUAGUGCUGUGUGGUGUGAAUAUAACAGCUUGUCACUUAACAGGACAAUGUAACAUUCUGUUUGUAGUGUUAAUGCAUGUCUUAAGUCAGGUAACGUACAAAGGAAGGUCCCUGCAAUGCAUUGUGGAAUAUUAACUAAUUUCACCCCCAGUAACCUGGGGAACACUGCUAUACACUGUACAAAUGUACAAUUACAACAUAUUACACAUCCUUUAAUAUUGGCAAGGGCAUUUUUUUUUUUUUGCUUUUAACUCUUUCAGUGUAGUGCUUUACCGCUCCCCUCCCCCACCCAUUCACAGGUAGCCCAGCACUCUCAGCCAAUGCUUCUCUUGACUUGCUGUUAAUUGUCUGUUGCAGUGUUUCAGAAUUAUUAUGGUGGUAAAAGUAAGCAUGUAACAGAAACUGUUACAAAUGCUAGAUAGUGUGGACAAGGGGAACCCAAAAGGUAGAUCCCCCAGAUAUUGUAGAACUACAACUCCUGUAGUUUUAAAGCAUCCGUGGCUCUACGUUUUGGGUACUCUUGGUGUAGAACAUAUACAGUAUGCCAGUAAGCAGUUAUUUUGUAUUCCUACGCUAGCUUUUUUCAAUAUAUAGGUAAGGUCACACAUAGCUGAGCUGGAAAGACUUGUAAAGCUAAACUUUUAUAAUGUUUAUUAAGUGUUUAGUGAGUUAGCCUAGAAAUAGCUGUUUCCUAUUUCAUCUGGGGAUACGGUAUCUUGGGCAGUUUUGCGUGUUUUAUAUUAUAAAAUUAAUUGAACAAGUUUUAUUAAAGUGGUAAUUUGCUGUAUAAUGAAACUAUCUACACUGCUUCUGUAGUAUUCCAUUAUUUUAUGUAUUAUUAUGUUUGUUUUGUUAUUUGGAUUUUUGUUGGUUUAAAUUUAGUCAGCCCAAUGCCUUUGUCUGCGAAAAGGUUACAAGGGAACAAGCAAUACAUUUAAAAGAAUGCAAACUGUUAAUAUAACUGGUCUAUUGUAUAGGAUUUAGGAUCGCAGUUCUGAGCAGGCUUUCUCUGUUCGGAGUAGAUGUGAUUACAAGCACGUGGCAUUGUGUUAUGAUGGAAAUGGGAUUUUUUUUUUCUCUUCACAUUGGCUCUACUCCCCUAGUUUGUAGUAAAACCGCCUCCUUGUCUCCUCCCCUAGUCUACGUAGCACAGGACCACGCCAGGCUGAAGAUGCUGAUGGGUGAAACUGGCUGAUGCUCUAGCACUGUGUUUGUCUGGCUUCUUGCUGUUGAACGCAGAGCUUUUAUUUUAAAUCACUGAAAAGUGAAACCUCAAAACGUAAGAUUGGCUAAUGAAUGGUAGAUGUCUGCUGACAUUUUGCCUGGAGGUUUAAUGCUUGUAUGUGAAUUGUGUAAUGUAGUUCAUAUUUAUGGAUGUCUUUUAGUUGGACCAUUCAUUUUUAUUUACAAAAUGCUUUAAGAUGCAAUCAGCAUAAAGAAAGUAAAACUGAAAGAAAAAGUGUCCCUUUAACUAUUGCAGGGACACUCCAUGUACUAAUGCAUCUGACAUAACCGCAUAAAAAGCCUUAUUUCAUGAUGCAAGGUUUAAAAAAAUCUAAAAUCAAAAAAAUAGCUGGUCUUCCUCUUCCAAGAAACAAGGUAGCAGGAAAUGUUGAGACACAGCCUCAUGUGACAUUUAUUUUCAAAACAAAAUGAGAUGUGAAUUGGUUUUAAGCAGUUUCCAUUCAGUUGAGCGAGUGUUUUUUGUUUUGUUUUUUGUUUGUUUUUCUGAAUGAUAUAUCGUGGGCAGCACUGUUUGCUGAUAAAUGGAUUUUAUGCUUGUAGCUCCCAAUAACAAUCUGUUGGAGAACAUGAUUGGCUGCGAGGUUUCAGCCAUUUCCUAAUUUAAAUUUCUAUACCUGCAGGAAAGUCAGCGUAUGUACAUUCAAGGCAAUUGUUUUCUAUAAUGCGUAAAACACAACAAAUAUCUGAUAAACCCAACCUGCAGCACUCAAUAAUAGUUAUUAGAGGGGUGGGGGUAGGGGUAAAUGUUUUUGUUUUAUUUUUAAUAAUUUUUGAGUGAGCUGUAGUGCUUUGUCUACAUCCUUACUAAAGGAGAUAAAUAAAUCCUGUUGCUCGAAGGCUUGCACAUAUGCACCCUUGUGGCUUAGGGAGCAUAUAUUCUCCCAGCUCAAUGCCAUGGUCUCUGAGUCUGUAUUACAGAUAGAGAGCUCCGUUUAAAACGUCUAAGGCUCUGCUGCUUGCCUCACAUAAUAUAUUCCUUUAGCAUGUGCCUUAAUAUAAAAGGGAGAUAAUGCUGUGGAUUUAACAAUAUGGAAACCUUUACUUUGGCUUAGCACGUUAAAUGACCUUCAUCCACAUGUAAUAAGGAGUAGUGGCAAAAGGUCGCGGUGAGAGUCCCAUUUCAUACAACUAACUACUGUCAUCGUCUGCAAUGCUCUGUGCUUGGUCAAUGCUCUGUGGAUGAUGUGCUUCCCUCCCCUGUUUGGAGUGAAGUGGGCAAAUGAAGAUGGAAGGGGUUUGAAGAUAAUCAGCUGGAGACACAAAGCUUAUUACGAGCCUUGUCUGAGCCACUCCAACCAGCUGUAAGACGGUUUAACACAUUCAGCUCCAUACAACAUGGCAACCAUUUCCUAGAGAUGCAACUUUGAUCUUUUAUAACAUUUACAGUUAGGAGAGCAGUAUGGCCAUUGCGCCAGGAUAUUUGCACACUCUGCUAGAAAGCAUUCUUUAUAUAUGCAACUAUUGUAGGCCCUGUUAACCCAGUGCUCUUUUUGCUGUGCAUUUUAACCCCUUGUGUGCUAGUACUGGCAGUUUAAGCUAUUACCGUGACAAGCAUGGCAACCCUUUUAAAACCUCACGUUGUUAGCUGCUCUUAAUUCUGAGGAUGAUGAAAUAUAUAUUUUUUCCUUUGGACGUAGUAGUUACUACUACUCCCCUUUUCAUCUAUUAUUCAUCAAUUAUGUAUUUAAUUUUUUCAAAUAAUUUUCUUAAUAAGUUACCCAUGCAGACGUACACCUGCCCAUUUAUGCUAGCAAAAUAAUUUCAAGAGGUGUGGGAAAAAAAAGAGGACUGUAAGCUGUGAACUCCCCUUCUUCCAGUUCUUCCCUCAUGGCUGCAAGGGGUUAAUGUUGCUACAGUGACAGUGUUAGGAAAGGUAAGAGUUGUUUGUUAGUUUUCAGUUUGCUUAGCUCCUCUAGGGCUUGUGUGACAGGAUUGCUGAUGAGAGGAUUCACAGGGUCUAUGGCUGCUUUAUAAGUCCCUUCUCGCCCCUAUAAUCAGCUCUCCAGCUGCGGUGUGCAUACAGCAUCCUGCACCUGGGUCCUCCCAGUUGGCCCCAUGUAACAAACAGAGCGUGCAAAACAGGCUGGGAGUUUGCAUCUGAAGAACAAUUGCUUGCUACAACUGACUGUUAUGGGCACCUGUGCUUAGCCAUGACUGCUAGAAUGGUGUGUAGCUUAACCAGCCCUCUUCUAAUGAAAUAGUUAACAAUCCUGAGACUGAAGUGAUACUAUCAGUAUCUGCAUAUCUAUACAUUGGCCACUAGGUUGUAACAAUGCUGUUUGUGUGCUCCUGCAGAACCUCUAAUCAUCAUUACACCUUGGGAUACAGGGCUUUAGAUAUUGUAGCUCUUGUUGGAUGAGCAAAAUUAAUCAGUAAUUUGAGAAUUAGUAUUCGUGUUGCAGCAUGGAAAUAUAUAUAUUUUUUAAAAAUUGUAAAAAAUUGAGUUUGUCUUGCAUUUUUCUUUUUAUUUAAGCUCUAGCAUUUCACAAAACAUUACUUUUUGACAUUUUUGUUUUUCAUGCAUACAAGAAAAAGAAUGUUAAAACUGUGGGAAAACUUGAGGGGGCAUCUUAUAAAGCUCACCAUAUUGUUUGAACUGAGAGAUUCAAGCAAUAUCCAUAGAGGCUUUCUUUUUCGAUCUAAAUCUAGAUAUGGUCCCUGAGUGGCACAUCUUACAAGAGAACACUCUCUGAUGCAAGGUAGGUGCAGGUGUAAGUAAGCCAGGAUAAUCCUGUUUUAUUUUACUGCCCUCCUCUGUCAGGGACUGGCACUACUAACUCCCCUGUGAAUUAGUGCAUGCUUUCUUGUGCAUAGUCUGUGACCUUGUGGGGAAAACCAGGGAAUCGUCAAUGGAAUUGGCAUUUGUUUCUUAGAGGGCACUCUGUGAUAGUCCUAUUUUGUGGAACACUUAUCUAUAUAUUGUCCUAGCCAAAUGGCUACCAGAUUUGUCAAUGCAGAGUUACAUGAGAUAAAAUUGUUUACAUUGCGCUUCCUGUGACUCCCCCCGAGGAGGAUGCAGCUUCGAUGCUAGCUUCAUGUAAGAAGCAAAUGCAAUUUUCAGGGUUGCAUUAUUUGUACUACUACUUUUGGCAUUUGUAUAGCGCUGACAAAUUCUACAGCAUAAAUGUGGGGAUACAACCGCAAAUGAGACAACGCUUUGCAAAUGUUAAUAGGAGCGAGAGAUAAAUGAGGUCCAUCCUCCAAUGAGCUUAUUUCUCUAACCAUUUACUUUUCAUGAAUUGUAAAAAAGUUUGAAGCGAAGUGAAUAAUUUCAUACAAUUCAAGUGGGUUUCCAUUUGUAGUUUUGGGGAGACUAACGAUUAACCAUGGCUUCCCAAAGGUUUGCUGAGCUUUGUGGAACAACAUUUUUUACUAACAUCUGCAGAGGCAAGGUUUGCCUUGUAGAACCAAGGUUAGCAGCUCCCUUUAAGUUGCUUCAUUAUCCAUAUAUUUUAUUACAGAUUAUUGGUUGGUAUUCAGUUAAUUAGGUUGCACGUUUAUUUUCACCCAAUUGCACAGUGCUACAGAAUAGGUUGUUACCCUAUAAAUAAUAAGACUGUGUUUUCACCACACUAAAUCAAAUCAGUAGAACAACACUGCUCGAGGAAGAUUUUCUUGGGCUCAGACACUUACUGCGUCUUACAAGUUAGUGAGUAACCUCAUAGGUAGAUCCUUGGCAAAUAGUAUUAUUUAAAAAAAAAAAAUAAUUUUUAGUAUGCCAUAUCUGGUAGGCCCAGGAAAACUGUAUGCCGACCUGUAUGACCAACUACUUGCUUAUUUCAGCGUUUGUCAAAGAGACGUGCUUCAGAAGAGAUUUCUUAUUGUUGGCUACAUUCAUGGUUUUGUGGAUGGAGCUUUUGGUAAGCUUGAGCAUUGACCAUAUCUGCAGAUUGUUAUGGAAGUUGGAAACCUGUAUACUGUAGUACAUGUCCCUAGGUCAGAUUGGUGAAAGUAUAGACCUGUGUAUGAUUUUGCACAUUCCUCUAUUUAUAAGAGUGUGCGUGCAGGGACCUACUUACCUUAACUUAUGCAAGAAACAUACAUAGUCAUGGUGGUCCAAAUGCCCCUUUUAAAGGAACACUCCAAGCACUAUAAACACUACAGCCCUCAGGAGUGCCCUGGCGCCGUUUCAAGUUAAGUAGUCAAGCCGCUUCAGUACUGUUUAAUAGCUUCACUGGGUCCAGCCAGGUGCCUGUGAAUGCAUCACCUACAUAGAGAAAAGUCUGUAGGUCAUGCAGGGCUGGCUGAAAACGUCAGCUAAGUGCUCUUGAACAUUGAGUGCGAUCCUGUAUUCACUGUGCUUUAUUCUAUAGAGACCGGAGAACACCGAAUGUUGUGCAGGCAGGCCAUGGGACCCAUCUAAGUUGUCAAACCACAGUAAAAUGGUUUGACUACUUAUAGCUGUUCUAGAGCAAAAGCCACUACAGCACAAUAGCAGGAAAAUUGGGAGGACUGCUGUAAAUAUAGCACUGCUCUAAUUUAAUAAGAGGUUGAAUCUGAAUUUGUUCUUUUAAAAUGCCACGUAUUGGUUUUAAAGUUUCAGUGAAUAAGUUAUCUCCAUCAGCACAGUCCCUCAGCUGCUUCCCCUCUGUGCUGACAGUAGCAGCUUGGAUAGCUGCUGACUGGUGGUAUUCAUGACUAAAUAGGCCCAGGUCUGACAGAGAUCAAUAGGUUGCAGCAGUUACCCUUAUUGAUAAAUACCAGUGCCUCCUGUUUUGCAACACACUAAAAAUAAAUUGAUCAAACCGUGUUUGUUGUGGUCUGGGGAGAUAUUAAUAGCAGACUAUGGUGCAUAGAGACAAAGAACUUAAUGCAAAUGCACAUUUGUCUAAAGCCUUUUGUUACUUUGUUUAUCAGAUCUCUUUAAGCUCCAUUUAAUGUAAGCAAUACACUAGCAAUAAUUAUACCCUUUGGGUAGUAGCAGGAAAAAUGCAUAGGGUGACGGAGGAUUUUUCAUUGACUUGAUAUAGUCAUCCUGAAAUGAGAAAGUGGUCAACCUACUGUUAUUUGUAAGAUUUCCAUAGUCUGUCUACAUCUCUGAAUAGGGCUUCCUCCAUCCUGUGUGCAUACCCUUUUAAACAGUGGCUUUUUUUAGGAAAUGUGGCCUGAAUUGACAUAUAAUGUAUCUCAGUGUCUGUUAGUAUUGCAAUUAUCUUUGUUGUGCAGUAGGUUCACAAUAAGAGGACGUAGUUCCACGAUUGCGUUGUCUUGUAGCUUAAGCUUCACUGCCUUUUACUAUGUUGUUUAUGGGGCAAUAAUGGGGGAGGAACCUUGGCACUGGGUAGGUGCAGGUGUUCCUAACAACCCCCACUUCUCGGGCCUUUUGCUUGUGAUAUACAACAGUGCUCUUUUCAAACUGCCCUGGGUGGCGUUUUAACCUCUUAAUUGCUUAAGAACCCAGUAACAAUAAUCAGGGCACAGGAGUGAGGUUUAACCAUGUCAUAAGGGAAAAUCAAAUUAUAAACUGAUUUGUUGGCUCAUUAUUUAUCACAAUGUAAACACAAUUUGUGAACCUGAUUGUUCUUGUGUAUUAUAUUGCUAUAUAAUUACCUAAUGAAGAGAAAAUAAUUUAUAGUUUGUUAGGGUAGGAUUGAUUAUGUAUGUCAUCAAUAUGAAUGAAUAGGAAGGAGACAUUGCUACUAAACCUAUAAAAUUGAUAAAACAAAAACAAGUCAGUGUUAAUCUCAUGCAUGUGUCUAUUACUAUGCCCAGUUACUCUGUCAUAGGCCUGUACACAAUAUGAAUUGUUUUGGCAAGAGCUGUCUUAUUGAGCAGUUUGCAGCAUUCAAUGAAUAAGGCACGUGGGUUGUGCAUAUUGCAUAGGAAACAGCAAUGUGGAGGUUGAGUUCCUUGGCCCAGAAUCGGUUAAAGCAGAGCAAACUAUGGGCAGGUCAAAAGUUCAGCAGGACCUCAGCAUGGGGUUGUAUACAAGUGCCCAUGGCUUACAGGGAGGAGUGGAGAAAAAGUCCCAUAUAUAUUCUCAUAGCUUUCUCUCUUAGGGUCAGAGACAAACUAGUUUCUAGAGAUAUUUGCAUGGAUUGAAAGUAUUAAUUGUUUUAUUGCCAGGGGCCCAAAGUAUAAAGUUAAGUGGUGUUCCACCUAGGAAAUGCAUUAUUUGCAUGCUUCAGAGGUUUAGUCAGAACAAAAUUAAGCAAGUCUUUGUCUUACUCAUUCUUCAAUAGCUUUGAACAUACAUAAACAAGAGACAAGUAGAAUAGAGGUGUUAAUUAUUGUGGCUUAAAUAUAAUUAAAAUGAAAACUUUCUAGUACCGUCACUAUUCUCUUUUCUUGGGGCUUGACUGUCCUAAAAUCAGUCGUAAAACAAAUUUCUGAUGGUAUUGCAACAAAUAUGUUAAAUUCUGUGUUCUCUCUGGUCAUGUGACUUUAAUCUAGAAUUAAUUUGACCCAGAGGAAAUAUUAGGGAUGCAAUUGAAGAACUGUUUCUUGUUGGCCUACAGAUAUGCAUAAAUGAAAGUAAUAUUGUUCUUAAUGAGCUAUAUGGCAUACUUACAUGUAAAACGCUUGUAUUCAGCUGGUUAGGAGUUAUAUAUUGUAUUGUUUGUGUAUCAGUCACCUGGAUUUUAAUCUUAUUGAUGAGUUUGCAGGCUCUGACAGUGCAGGCUCUGGAAUAUGGGCAGAUUGAUGGAGAGGUGUGCCUGUGAUGCAACUUGAAUCUAAUUCCACUGCAUUACUCUAUGUCAAAUUGUCAUUUUUGCUACACUAUAUAGGUGCAUAUAUGUGUAGUAACUGUAUAUUGGUGUCACGAGUGCCCUGGCACACACCCUGUGUAAGUUGGCAAACCAUUUUAGUUUCUUACCUGGGUCUCUGUUGGGCGCUGCUCCUUACCUCCACUACAUCAGCCAGACAGGCAGAAUAUUCUCCUUAGGAGCUCCCUUUACGUUCCUGAUGCGAGCCCUGUUGUGCAAGAUUGGCUGAACAUGCAGCUGAUCUCUCUCCGCCAAUGAGCUUAGCCUCCCACCCAGACUGUUUUCUGGCUGAUGUAGUGUGAAGUUGCAAGCAUGGCCUGACAGACUCUGGUAAGAAAUUAAACAAUUCUAAGGCAAUCUGACUACUUACAUUGGGUGGAGGCCAUUGUACUUCUGGCACCAUAAGCACUACAGCACGGUGUACUAGUUAUGGUGAUUGAAGUCUUCCUUUAAGGUAAUGAUCACAGUUUACUAAAUCAAAGCAUUUGAUUGGACUGUUUUCACAGACUCAGAACUCACGUCCCCUGCUCAGAGCCCAGGAGUGGAGGAAGUGUGGGGUGAGCUGGGUGUUCAUAGGUUGGGGAUACUUGACAGAGAAUGUGGGCAGGGCUGGGAAGGAACAAAUGAGGAAACAUACAGGCUUCUCCCUGCAAGGAUUGAAGCAGAUUAAGUCUUUAGUCAACGUGCGAUCUGUGCUGACGACAGGUGUAAUUUUUGCACAGAAUUAACAUUAGUCAGUCCAAACAGAGUUCCGUACUAAAGUGUACUGGGGGUGUAACUAGACCGCCACACAAAAUAGCAGAUGUCUCACUCUUCGAGCAGAAACGCUGCGUUUACAGAUUACUUGUUUCAUGACCACUUCUAAAAGUAGAAGUGUUGAUGGAGGUUGGAGUUACCAUUUAACAAAAUGUAGAAUUCUCCCAGCACCAAAAACACAGACAUUCUGCUGUGGGUCUGACAAUACAGAAGUGAACUUCCUCCUUAGCUAUUCAGAUUUGGAUGACAGUGAUAGACUGAGAGGGCUGUACAGAAGUCUGUCCAGCAUUUCCAGCCUAUCAAGGUCAGACAAAUUAAUGCUAAAGUGCACUUAUGCAUUAGCUGAGCUGUACAAUAGAGGCUCAAAUUAGAGCGUUUGCUUUGUAAUAUUGUUCUAAAACUAACCGGGGACUCAUUGCACCAUAAACACUGCAGUGAUAUACUUUCUAACUGUCCUUGGGUCUGCGGGAAUGUUCUGAAUUUGUUUGUUCCCUGGUGUCAUGCAUCUGGAAAUCCCAGGGAAAUGUCCUCAAUCAGUGUAGCACAAGUGCAUACAUUUUCUGUCUGGACAUUGAGCUCAUGCAGAGGGUGUUGAGCAUAUGCAGCUCCUAAUGGAGCUCUUCACUGAUGUUGUCCGUCAACCUGGUGUGCCAUUUGGGGGUGGGGGCAAAGCAUUGCUGGUGAUGCAAGUUGUAUCACUGGCACGUCUCCAUAGAUCUGCUUACACCCCAGAGCCUGCACCAUCAGGCUUAGCUCAAUUUAUAGAGUUUCCAGCAAAGAAGUCAAAACUGUUACUAAAUGGUUUUUACUACUUGCAUUAAGAGCAUGCAAGGGCACCCCUGACACCGUAAUCAUUAUAGUGUGCUGUUGUGGUUAUGGUGUUUGGAGUGUUGUGUUACUUCUACUUCCCUCUACUACACCUAACUACUCGUCUCUCUGUUAUCCUCAUGUUCUCUUCUCUCUGUGAUGGUUUGGCAACAUCUCUGGCACUUUAUAAUGGUAUCACAAUUGCUGAACACCGUAUUGAGCUAGUGGAUAGUUAAUUUUUUGCCAUGUGAUAAAGCCAGGGUUGUGUCCUAAACUUUAAUACACUUUGCCAUUGACCUGGCUGGAAUGUUGAGUCCUUGGUAAAAGUAAAAUUGACCGCAACAAAGCAAGGAAAGCUUAUGAGUUCUUUUACUAAGAUUUCUUGGUGGCACUUUUUCCAGUUUUUAUCCGGAGAUUCAGGUUGUGACAGCUGAUCUUAAUAUGAAGGGAUAUUCCAGGUGGCAUCUUGAUCUGUGCACUCACACCUACUUUGAAAGAUGCGCUAUCUUUUUCCAUGAUAUUGUUACCCUUUCAUGCUGCUUGAUUUCCACCUAUUAUGAUGGUUAACUUGCCACUGUUUGGUCAGGGCAAUGCACUGUUUAGUAGUCUUAAACAAGUUGUGACAAACCAGUUGUAAAUCAGUGAAACUCAGGUUCAUUCAGUUUGCUAGGCUUGCAAUGGCGAGUACAUUUUUUAGACCUGGCUACUAGCGUAGGACUAGAAACACCCCUUUUCAUUUAGCACUUUACAUUUUACUAUUGGUGUAACUAUUUGCCAACACUUGUUAUUGCUGUAACCACAGUGCCUUGGUGCUGGGGCUGCUCCGUCCUGGUACUCUUUUCUGGAGACCUGGGGUGAGGGGAUUUGGGAAAUGUGACUGAAAAGGGUAUAUUACCCUGUGAUUAAAUAUACCAUGGAGUGAAUCGUGGACACCUGAUGAAUGGACAUGUCAUUUUAUUUUUUUUCUUAAAUUCUAUUCCACUUGUCACAUCCCUUAUAAAUCCUGUUGGUUACUUAGUUGCCGUUUAUCAGUUGAGCUCCAUCUUACCAUGCAGUUGUUCAGACGCUUGCCAACAAAUGGCUGUGUGCAUGCUGGAUACAGCUAGAACCCUAGGUUGACAAUUAUUGUAGUUUAUUAACGUCUUAAAGGACCACUAUAGGCACCCAGACCACGUCAGCUCAAUGAAGUGGUCUGGGUGCCAGGUCCCCUUAGAUUUAACCCUCUGUGCCAAAAACAUAGCAGUUUCAGAGAAACUGCUAGGUUUACAUUGCAGGGUUAAUCCAGCCACUAGUGGCUGUCUCCCUGAGGAGUAAUGCUUUCCUAUGGGCGGGUUAAAUGUGUGUGCGGCUCUGGCCCCGCAUGCACAUUCGGCUCCACUCUGGAGCUGAUGUCGGCAGGGGAAGAAGAGGUCUCCAGCGCCAAGGGAGCCUGGUGCUGGAUUAAGGUAAGUGGCUGAAGGGGUUUUAACCCCUCCUAAACUAUAAUUUACCUCUUUCAAUGCCAAGAGCACCACACUUACUAUAUAUAAUUUUGUUUAGGAGAAAUAGGGCUUUCAUUUCACAACAUAUAUUAAUAUAUAGAACACAAUAUUAGGUAGAAUAAAAUCUAAAUUACAUUGAUUCAAUGUAUCUCUAUGAGGAGAUGUUGAUUGGCGCAGCAUGGUGUUUUUGCUGCUCAUGCGCAAUAGUCCACCAGUGCUUUCCUAUGAAGAUGGUGCCAGCCAUGGCAAGACCAGCAUGGCCUGAGUAAAAACACCUUUCCCAUAUAAUUGGAGGGGGCAGGUCACCUAAACACGCACUCGCACUUACUGACAGGCACACAUGCACACAUACUGACAGACACACACACAUUUACUGAGAUAAUCAACAAUGAUGAUCACAACCAAAGAGGCGGAACUACAUGGAGGUUACCGGCGCUGAAAGGUAAGUAAAUAACUUUUUUUUUUUAAAAACAACAAAAAAACAUUUCAGCUGCUGCACCUUCUGAAUUUAUCAGUAACAAUGUAAGACAGGUUAGAAGGUUAUGUUCUGUUGUGACCAGUAAAAUGCAUCUGCUAACACUGCACAGAUUUCAAACAUUUAUGUGAUUGUCUGCAAACUUAAUCAGAUCAUUCUACAUGGGUUGCUAACAUUAGUACUCUUGAUGUCAACAUUUCAUUCCACCUGCAUCCUAAUCCUAAAUUUUAUUUUGCAAUGCCUUUUAAAACUGAAAAUUAAUAGUAACCAAAAGUUAUAGGACAGUAAUGGCUAACUUUGCCACUGCUGCUGUGUAGGAAGGUGUUUUUCCAUGAUGCACUGCUAUAGGCAUUUUCUCUGUGUGAUUUGCAAAUGUCUUACUAGUAUAGACCUUCUGUAUAGGGAUGCUUGUGAGGUUCCUUAAACUGUUAUUGUUCUCAGAAUUUAUUUAAAUGCAAGAAACAAUAUUGGUAAAUUCUCAAGCAUUUGUUUUACUGUUGAAUUCUGCUUUUGAGAGCAGUUAACGCAACUCACUAUGUAGCUUGCAAUUUUGCCAAAAUUGAGUUACACCUAUGAUAAUAUUGUGAAAAUUUUGCUUGCUUUUUGAUCGUGAUGCAUUGCUUGAAUCACAUUUUUCUGCACUGCAGUGUAAAGCACAUUUGCCAGUGAUAUGUUAGGUGGGCACUAAGUGUUAGUUAAAUUCAGUUUUAUAAAUGUCACAAUAUAUAAUUAUAUAUAAUAAGGGGUGGGGGGGGAGGUCGACACAAGUAAUAUGGUGUCUCUAUAAAUAUAAUUAUUGUCAUAAUAGGAACCAAUUAUAAAUAGGAACCAAUUAUAAUAGUGUAUAUAAUGUGGCACAUCUCGUCAAUUUCUGAUUGUCAAAGGAAAUCUAUAGCAUUAGUAAUACAAAUAUAUAUUCCUAACGCUAUGGUAACUAUUUAGGUCUCCACUCCAGGCCAUUUGAAUUAUUAUUUAAAAAAAAAAAAAAAAGCGACUUACAUUUCAACGCUAGCCGCACCAGUCUACAUGGCUGAGAUCAAGAUUGAUGAUCUCAACCAAUCCAACAAUGUGCUGCUUUAAUGCUUUCUAUGAGCAGCAUUUGAUUUCCUACGGAGUAUGAGUCUGUUCUCACAGGGGAAGCGUUUCUAGUGGCUGUCAGACAACCACUAGAGGUGUGUUAACCCUGCGUCAUAGCAUUGCUGUAUCUACUUAAUGGCAAUGUUUUAAUUUUCAGUAUUAAAACUAAAGAGCCACUGCACCCACACCACUUAAUUGAGCUAAAGUGUUCUGGGUGCCUUUCUGGUGAAAGGGAGUAGGUUUUAUCAGAAACAAAAUAUAUUGCAUUUUAUCCUAAAGCAUUCAUGGAAAAUAAUUAUAUCUAUGUAUUUCAAAAAGUUAAAAUAUUUGAACCUUUAUUCUUCAUCAGAUAUGGGGGCACCUUCGAUCAUUUUAAAACCAAUCCAGUCAGGCUUUCCACUUGUAAUCAUAAUGGGAUUACAACAGGUCCCCUCCCCCCAUGUGACCACUGACUUGUCAAAAAAUGUGUAUUCUCUUUAUUUCCUGUAUAAUCUGAAAUCUAUACAUCUGCUUUAACGAUAUUAUGCAUACAGGAUCUCUCACAAAAUCUUAAAACCUAUAAUUGUCAGCAUUGGCCGGUGGAAAGUUAUGUAAAGUAUGAUCAGAUUACUAGGGAAUUUAAAAUGUCCUUUUAGGCUAGUUGGAAGUCUCCUUGUUUAAUUAGAAUGGAUAAACCUUAAUUUGUUCAGACUACUCAUGUGGUUGUGGUGUCCUGAGACCUUUCAUUAACUGGAUUACAUUCUCUAUUUAACAGUUUAACUAUAGGGCAGUUAAAAUGUAAACACAAGAAAUUAACAUGUGUGUAGUCCAUGUGGAUCUGUUGAGUGAAACAGUAGUUCUCCCACACCUUAGUGUGCUUUACACAUUACAUGGUUGCCUAUUUCUAUGGUAAUUGACUGUGAAAGAAACCAUCCAUACCUGCUUAGGAGACUGCUGCAAACUCUCCACGCGUGCAUCUUUGUCGUCCACUUUAAAAUCUAUUUGUGUUUAUUAAAUAUGACACAGGAUCUGGUUUACAUUAUUUUAAGAUUGUUCAGAGAAACGGCUAUGUUUACACUGAGUGUUAAUCCAACCUCUGGUGGCUGUCUCACUGACAGCCGCUAGAGGCGCUUCUGCGCUUCUCACUGUGAAAAUCACAGCGAGAAGACGCUAGACGUCCAUAGGAGACCAUUGAGAAAUGCUUUCCUAUGGACUGUUUGAAUGCGCAUGCGGCGCUGAUGUCGGCAGAGAGAGGUAAGGUAAGUGUUUAACCCCUUCAGCCCGGCGGGAGUGGGACCCUGAGGGUGGGGGGGACCUAAAGACCCUAUAGUGCCAGGAAAACGAGUUUGUUUUCCAGGCACUUUAAUGGUCCUUUAAAGGACCAAACUUCUGGAAUAAAAGGGAAUCAUGACAUGUCACACAUGUCAUGUGUCCUUAAAGGACCACUAUAGUGCCAGGAAAACAUACUUGUUUUCCUGGCACUAUAGUGCCGUGAGGGUGCCCCCACCUUCAGGGUCCCCCACCCGCCAGGCUGGAUGCAGAGGAAGGGGUUAAGCACUCACCUUUCUCCAGCGCCGGGCUCCCUCGGUGCUGGAGAAUCUCCUCCCCCUUCUUCCGUCAUUGGCUGAAUGCGCAUGCGCGGCAAGAACUGUGCUUUCCUAUGGACGCACAGUGAAAUCACAGUGAGAAGCGCCUCUAGCGGCUGUCAAUGAGACAGCCACUAGAGGCUGGAUUAACCCUAAAGUAAACAUAGCAGUUUCUAUGAAACUGCUAUGUUUACAGCAGAAAGGGUUAAUCCUAGGUGGAUCUGGCACCCAGACCACUUCAUUAAGCUGAAGUGGUCUGGGUGCCUAUAGUGGUUCUUUAAGGGGUUAAAUACCUUUUAUGAUUCCAUCUAUAUCCCAUUAGUUAUCCCACUGUGUCAGUUGCCUGUCACUCAGCCGCUGCCUUACCCAUGCAACAAUAUUGGAAUCCAAACUUAAAGAUUGCAGUUUAUUGAUGCAACAGUGUCAAAAGCCUUACUAAAAUCUAGGUACGAAAUGUCUACUGCACCACCCUGAUCUAUAAUUUUAGUUACCCAAUCAAAAAAAGCAAUAAGAUUAGUUUGGCAUGAUCUCCCUGAAGUAAACCCAUGUUGUCUCUGAUCUUGAAAUCCAUGUGAUUUUUAGAUGUUCAAUAAUCCUAUAUUUUAACAUGAUUUCCAUUACUUUCCCCACUACUGAAGUAAGGCUUACUGGCCUAUAGUUGCCAGACUCCUCCCUACUACCUUUCUUGUGACUGGGCACAACAUUCGCUAGCCUCCAAUAUUAUGGGACUACUCCUGUUAACAAUGAUUGGUUAAAUAAAUCUGUUAAUGGGUUUGCUAGAAAACCACUAAGCUCUUUUAAUAACUUUUGGUGUAUUCCAUUUGGUCCUAUAACUUUUAUUUGUCUUUACUUUUGAAAGUUGAAAUAGAACCUCUUCCUCUGUAAACUCACAUGUAACAAAUCACUAAUUUGUCCUUUUUCCUAACUGAGGCCCCUUUCCUUCAUUUUCAUCUGUAAAUACUGAACAAAAAUAUUAAUUGAGGCAGUCAGCUAGACCUUUAUCCUCUUCUACAUACCUUCCUUCUCUCCCCUCCUAGAUUAAAUACAUCCUAGCAAAACCUCUGAACUGCUCACUGAGAACAUUUGUUCCCUUUUGAGAAAGAUGCAAACCAUCUUUUUUGUACAGUUUAUCUCCAUUCCAAACAGAGCUACCAUGAGAAAUGAAGCCAAAUCCUUUCGGCCGACACCAUUCACCAAGCCACAAGUUAAAGUCCCUAAUACGCAUCUGCCUGUCGAUCUGAGUGUUAUGCACAGGCAGAACUUCAGAGAAUGACAGUGUGGAAGCAACCUGCCCUAUAUCAUUGCCAAAAACACAAAAAACUUCCUUUACCUCUAAAACCUCAUUGCAAGUCAAGUCAUUUGUUCCUAGAUGGACAAAUACAUCCAAUUCCCCUUCCUGCUUUGCUCACUUAACAAUAUUACAGAUACGUAUCCUGUCUCUGUGAGCAGUAGCUCCGGGAAGACAUCGCACAAGACCACUAUUGUCCAGCUCCAUACCUCUUAUGAUAGAAUCCCCCAACAACUGCUUUCUAAUAGGCCUCACCAUAGUCUGCAAGCCUGUCUCCACAACACCACUACCCUCAGUGCCUGAGCCUGUCUCCACAACACCACUACCCUCAGUGCCUGCUUAGCCAGCUGUUUGACUCACCAAAAGAAUGCCUGAUUAUUUAUCAUAUCUAGAGAUAUUUGGAAGGUGUAGCGGUACCUGUUGACUGAGCUAGGAACUUUAAGAACUGAGAAACAAUGUUCAACUUGAGUUGCUAUUGUAUUAGAUUCCCAGGUGCUAGUUGUCAAACCUGAAUGGAGUUCAUUACCUUGUUUUAUGAAUGCAACUAUAAUGAAAUAUUGUCGUGCUUCCACGGGUGGUAUAUUAUUAUGAAGCUGUAAGUACAUUAACUGGUUCACUCACUACAUUAGUGACCCCUUGAUAUUGCAAACACGUCAUUGAUAAGUAGAGCAGUCCAUUGACUCUCAUUCCCCCUUGCUAGACUGGUCUGUGUGCUUGGGUAUGAACCUCCCAUACCCCUAGGUUAAGCAUGCUGGACAGAGAGGGAGGAGACCUGUCUCUUGUCUCUGCUCCUUUUGUUUCUCUCUCCCCAGGACUGUUUGAGGCGUCUCCAGCACUCCACAGGGCCCAAGGCUGGUGUUAAAGGGCUUUCUUUUAUCAGCUUGCCUUUCAUUUCAUGUUUGUUUAAUUCUGCUGUGUGAGGGGCUUCUGGAGUCCAAAAGAGGCUGCUGCAUGUGCAUGCAUAAUGGGAGAGGGGUCCUCACACAGCCUCCUCCCUCCCUGUGUGGAGUCCCCCCCUGCUGCCACCCUGUCUGUCCAAAGCCACAGCCGCAGAAGUAAAACUCUGAAUAGCUGCAAUGACAGCUGGGAUACUUAACACCUUUAAUGCCAGAGGAAAUAACAAUCCAGUGUUAGUGUAAAGUGACUAAACACCUAGACUUUCCUCAGCAUUUCCUCAGUGGCUUCAAUAUUGCUAUAAUAAACUGUGCCGUGUACGUGCAAUUUAUCAUUUGUUGUACUAUGACUCUUAUCACCCUGGCUAAUGUUUUGACGAAUUUUGCAUACUGGCUCACAGAGAGAAAGCUUGGCCUGCUGUCCACAUGUUGUAUCACUGUAAACAUUACUGUCAGCUGUCACAUGGAGGAAAAGGACUCUCCUUGAUCUAGCAUAACAUUGUGCUCCUCUGGCUUUGCCUGUUGGACAACGUCUCCCAUGAUAGUGUUCACACCAUUCCUUUAGAGAAUAGACUCUCCUAUGUGGCAUUUGUAGAAUUGUUAUACAGCACGUAUCAAUGCUACGAACAGAGCACCAACACUGGGAGACCACCAGUAAGGGAAAAUAAAAUCUGGAUCUGCCAAUAGUGAUCAUAGUUUAUAAGGGUGAUUAAAGAUACUAUAGGCACCAAAACAAUUUUAGCUUAAUGAAGAGGAUUUGGUGUAUAGAUCAUGACCCUGCAGUUUCACUGCUCAAUUCCCUGCCAUUUAGGAGUUAAAUCACUUUUGUUUAUGCAGCCCUAUUUGCACCUCCCUGCAUGUGACUUACAUUGUUACUAAACACUUCCUGUAAAGAGACCUCUAAUUUUAACUUCCUGUAUAACACAGACUGUUUAAUUUAGAAUUUUUUAUCUCCUGCUCCGUUCAUAAUCUUCUAGAGUCUGCAGGAGCCUCCUGUGUGUGAUUAAAGGAACACUGUAGUGUUAGGAAUACCCUCUUCUCCCUGCCUUGCAAUUAAAGUGUUAAAACUCCCUUUAACCCCUUAAGGACCAAACUUCUGGAAUAAAAGCGAAUCAUGACAUGUCACAUAUGUCAUGUGUCCUUAAGGGGUUAAAACACUCACCUUAUUCUAGCGCCGCUUGCCCAUUAAGCCUUUCCCUUAGGAAAUCAUUGAAUUAGUGCGUUCCGUAUGCACAGCGUGAGUAUUUGGUUGUCCGUGUGCACAGUGUCAUUUCACAGACUUAAACUCCAUGAAACAGCACUAAGUGUCUUUAGUGGCUUUCUGGUAGACAUCCAUUAGAGACCAUCUUAACCAUGCAAUAUAAACAGUGCAGUUUUUCUGGUUUUAUGGUUGUAAGAGCAUUAUGGGAGAUGUAGUCCACAACAUCUGGAGUGCCAAAGGUUGCCUACACCUGCCCUUUACCAACACUACACCUAACAAUAGACCAACCCUACCCAUAACCCUAUACCUGUCAUAACCUUAGCUUUAGACUAACCCUAAAUGUAAACAUCAUUAACCCUUAUGCUUUCCUAACUCCUCUGACAAAACUCAGCUAUUUCUUUCAAAAGGUUUCAUAGAGAUCAUCUGAUUGGCAAAAUGUGUUGUUUUGCCACACAUACACAAUAGUCUCCCAAUGCUUUCCAAAGGGAAAACAUUGGAUUGGCUGAAAUAUUGAUAAUCUCAACCAUCGAAGCAGCCCGUGGAGAGGGUAUAGGUAGAGUUGGUAUAGAGAAAGUGUCAGCUACCAAAAAUGUAUUCAGAUACUAGACAUGUGCAUCAUUUAACAAUCAGGACUGAUAUUAUUAUUAUUAUUAUUAUUAUUAUUAUUAUUAUGAUAUUUAUAGAGCGCCGUCAGAUUCCGCAGCGCUUUACAAUGGGUGGACGAACAGACAUGUAGUUGUAACCAGACAAGUUGGACACACAGGAACAGAGGGGUUGAGGGCCCUGCUCAAUGAGCUUACAUGCUAGAGGGAGUGGGAUAAAAUGACACAAAAAGGUAAGAAUAGUAUUAGACUAAUGACAGUUGCAGAAGAGGAAUCAGUCAGGAGCUAUUAACAGUUUAAUUGAUACGCUUUUAUGAAGAAGUGGGUUUUUAACGAUUUUUUGAAGGAGUGGAGACUGGGUGAGCAUCUAACAGAGGAGGGAAGUGGUGCAGCCCUUGAGAAAUCUUGAAGGCGAGCAUCAGAGGUGGGAGUACGGACUGAAGAUAGACGUAAGUCUUCAGCAGAUCGUAAGGGCCUAGAUGGGACAUACUUGUGUAUAAGGGAGGAUAGAUAGGUGGGAGCAGCAUUAUGUAGAGAUUUGAAAGCAAGAACCCGAAUUUUAAAUUGAUCUCUAUAUUUUAUAGGAAGCCAAUGUAGGGACUGACAGAAGGGUGAGGCAUGGGAGGUGCGGGCGGACAGGAAGAUGAGCCUCGCCGCCGCAUUCAUUAUGGACUGUAACGUCGCAAGUUGGGAGCACGUAAGACCACUGAGAAGCGGAUUACAGUAGUCAAGGCGAGAACGGACAGUGGAAUGGACCAACACCUUAGUCGCAUCUGGCGUUAAAGGACCACUCUAGGCACCCAGACCACUUCAGCUUAAUGAAGUGAUCUGGGUGCCAGGUCCUUCUAGGGUUAACCCAUUUUUUCAUAAACAUAGCAGUUUCGCUAUGUUUAUGAAUGGGUUAAGCCUUCCCCCUAAUCCUCUAGUGGUUGUCUCAUUGACAGCCACUAGAGGCGCUUGCGUGCUUCUCACUGUGAUUUUCACAGUGAGAGCACGCAAGCGUCCAUAGGAAAGCAUUGUAAUGGAUUGCAACCUUCACAAGUGACAGGUGUUUUGUGUCAGUCAGUUGGUGUUACUGUAUUAUAGUAAUUCAUACCCAAGUGGCUAAAUCAGGUAUCAACGCAGCCAUAUCUGCCUGCUCCCCCUCCCCCUUCUAAAGCUGCAUAUAAACACAGAAAGUCAUUAACAUAGCUUAUAAAAAUUGGCUUAUAAAUGGCAGUAAUAAUAAAUACAUUGUAUGAAAUCUGUAUCAAAAUCUGCUUCCUCUAAAUAUAAAAUAGUUUUUAGUCAUUUAUGAAUCAGAAGAUGGCAACUGUGAAGAGAUGAGACUGAGCCAUUUGAGAUGAGAUGAGACACAAUCAUUUGUUGGGAGCUUAUUGUAAAAUUUUGGAAAGUGUUUUUCUGAACACUCUGGAAGGAUGUGUACAGUUUGAUGCUUUUUGUUUGUUUUUAUAGUGUUCUGAGUGAGUUUUUGUAGCCCUUUUUUUUUUUAUUGCUUUUUGAAAUGUGGUGAUAAAAUGUGGGUAGUUCAGGGCUUUUUUGUUGUUGUUUUUUGAAUGUGUGUCAUGGCCAAGCAGCUGUCAGGUGUGGAGGCAUAAAGCCCUUAAACCAAAAAAUACAAUCUUUAAACUCAAAAAUGUUCUAUCUUUUGUAAGCUGUUAUGUAGCCCCUCUGGCUCAAAACAACCUGUGUCAUGAUCAAAUGUUGGUCUUUAGAAAGUGCACCUGCAGUGCAAUUAUGACGUGGUGGCGUUUUGUAAACAAAAUAUACACAUUGUUCUAACCAAACUGUUAUGCUACAUUUUAUUUAUUGCUCUUUCUUGUUCAGUGUGUGUGUGUGUGUGUGUGUGUAUAGGUAUAUAAAUCUCUAUAAUCUCACAGUAGAAACAUAACAUACAAGUAUAACUGCACAUUUUAUAUUAAUGAGUAUAUAAUCAGAAAUGAAUAGAAUAGAUGGGUAGGAGGGAGAUGGAAAAAUGUCAAAACCAUAGCACCUUUUAUAAGUAAUUAUGGCAUAACUCCCAACUGUCUCUGUUUAGGGAGGGGCAGUUGCCCAAAUUCGUCUGACAGUAUUUUCUAGGAGCCCAGCCUUCUGUGUGUGUUAGUGUAUAACAGUUUCACAGCAAUAAUACUCACAGUAAUGGUUAGAAUUCAGUCUGUGUAAAUAAGCUAGAUUGUUCUUGUUUAAAUGACAGUUGCAUAACUAGAUAGUAAGUUACAUACAUUUUCCCAAUAGCCCCACCCCUAGCCACACACCCUACUCACAUCCCUCAAAUUAAAGUGUCCCUUUUUGUCUUUUUAAAAUGUUGAGUUUUAUUUCUGGCCAUUUUGGGGGAUAGAGAGGAGGGAAUGCAAGGAUCAGACUCUGCCAGGUGCCACUAGACGUAAAGGAGCACUAUAGGGUCAGGAACACAAACCUGUAUUCCUGACCCUAUAGGGUUAAAACUACCAUCUAGCUACCCUGGUCCCCUCAUGCCUCCCUAAAAAAAUGUAAAAUCUUACUUGUAUUCAAGUCUGGAGCUUCUAGCUCUGGCUUUGUUUCCUUUAGACCUGCCUGCUGACAUCAGCAGAAGCGGCAGCCUGAUCCAAUCACGAUGCUUCCCCAUAGGAUUGGCUGAGACUGACAAAGAGGCAGAACCAGCAUGAUUAAAACACAGGCCAAUCAGCAUCUUCUCAUAGAGAUGAAUUGAAUCAGUGAAUCUCUAUGAGGAAAGUUCAGUGUCUGCAUGCAGAGGGAGGAGAUACUGAAUGUUUGGAUGCAUUUUAGGCAGCCAUGACCCAGGAAGGAUCUCUAACAGCCAUCUGAGGAGUGGCCAGUGAAGUUAUCACUAGGCUGUAAUGUAAACACUGCAUUUUCUCUGAAAAGACAAUUUUUACAGCAAAAAGCCUGAAGGUAGUGAUUCUACUCACCAAAACAAAUACAAUAAGCUGUAGUUGUUCUGGUGACUAUAGUGUCCAUUUAAGGGAAGCCACCCUCCUGCACAAAAAAAGGUAUUGGAAGAAGGGGAUGGCUACAAAAAUCUGUAAAUUGUGAUCUGUGUGUGUAUUUGUUAUUUAUGUAUAUCUGUGUGUAUUUAUUUGUCUGUGAGACAGUGUAUGUGCAUACAUCCCAGCAAUCAAACACCUCCUCUACAUACAAACAUAUUCAAACACUAAACAUAAGUACACCGCUGCUUUCAAAUACAUAUACCUGUAAAUGCAUUCAAAUUACAACACUACAUACAUACAUACAUACAUACAUACAUACAUACAUCAUACAUUCAAAUACACUAAACAUGCUUACAUUUCUCACCAGUUAGUUUUUUUUUAUAUCGUGGUCAGACAUGUUCAUAAAAAAAAAAAUAAUGCUCUUUAUCAACAAAUACUAUAGUCUUUACAUGUGUCAGCCUUACAACCAGAGGGACAGGGGUGAGUUGGUACGGGGGGAAGGGGGGGAGGUUUGGAGCGGCACACAAAAUUGUGUUCUGCCACUGGUGUCUGUAACUCUUGGAAUGUGGAAUGGAGCAAGUGCUGAAAUAUAUGUGGCAAGAGAAGUGCUUUAUGUUUAUGGAGAAUCCUAUUUUAAUUUUCAUAAUUCUUUAUUUUUGUUGUGCUUAUGAAUACAGGUAUGCUCACAAUGUCACAACAACAUUAGUAAGCCGCCACAUUGUCAAACCAAUGUUUUACUGUGUUUCACAUUUGCAGAAACAUUUUUAGGUACUAGUAAAGUGAAUUUUCAUAUAUUUUAUUUGACCCAAGAGCUCAUCUAGGCAGAAUUAAUACCUACACUGAAUAAAAUUAUAAAUGCAACACUUUUGUCCCCCCCCCCCAUUUUGCAUGAGCUGAACUCAAAGAUCUAAGAUUUUUUUUCUAUGUACACUAAAGGCCUAUUUCUCUCAAAUAUUGUUCACGAAUCUGCCUAAAUCUGUGUUAGUGAGCACUUCUCCUUUGCCGAAAUAAUACAUCCACCUUGCAAAUGAGCUUCCCUGAGACGGUUUCUGACAGUUUGUGCAGAAAUUCUUUGAUUAUGCAAACCGAUUGUUGCAGCAGCUGUCCGGGUGACUAGUCUCAGACUAUCUUGGAGGUAAAGAUGCUGGAUGUGGAGGUCCUGGGCUGGUGUGGUUACACAUGGUCUGUGGUUGUGAGACUGGUUGGAUGUACUGCCAAAUUCUCUGAAACACCUUUGGAGAUGGCUUAUGGUAGAGAAAUGAACAUUCAAUUUACGGGCAACAGCUCUGGUGGACAUUCCUGCAGUCCGCAUGCCAAUUGCACACUCGCUCAAAACUUGUGACAUCUGUGGCAUUGUGCUGUGUGAUAAAACUGCACAUUUUAGAGUGGACAAUUAUUGUGGCUAGCCUAAAGCACACCUUUGCAAUGAUCAUGCUGUCUAAUCAGCAUCUUGAUAUGCCACACCUGUGAGGUGGAUGGAUUAUUUCGGCAAUGGAGAACUGUUCACUAACACAGAUUUAGACAGAUUUGUGAACAAUAUUUGAGACAAAUUGGCCUUUUGUGUACAUAGAAAAAGUCUAAGAUCUUUGAGUUCAGCUCAUGAAAAAUGGGGGCAAAAACAAAAGUUUUGCGUUUAUAAUUUUGUUGAUAGACCGCAAAGAGGUCUUCUUUGGUCUGUGCCCACCAGAGUCGCGCCGAAGUAGGCCAAAUCUUUGUCUGGCUGUUCCUCAGUAGGUUUAAGCAGGUUUGUGCCAGAAAUAAAACACCUCUAUUUAAGCUCGGAUUCAGGAAUCUGGUUUCCCUGAGGAGCUUCCGUUACACGCGACCAUCUUGAGCAGCAGUCAGGCCCAGCCCCCUGAGAAUUUUGUUUUAAAGCUAUUUUAUAAAUGUGCCAAUUUAAAUUUCCUGUCUGUCACCCAGGGAGAUAUUAAUUUUUUUCCCCUUUCUUCCGUUCACUCAGGGGCUACUUUAGCGCACCUGCCUUAUCCCUCAUUGCUUUGCACAGACUUUAAACCUGUGUGCAUGCACAGAAGGCACAGUUUAUUUCCCUGUAAAGAGACUGAAAAGGCUCUUCCAAGAAAAAAAAAAAGGGGAGAGAGCCCCCCUUCAUUUCUGAUCUAUUUCUUUGUAAAAGAUAAGAAAAAGUAAGGACUACUUUGUUUUCUGUAUUUUUUUUCUACGCUUGACAAAGGGUGGAGUUUGAAGCAAGCCCUACCUCUUUUGUGAGUUUGGCAAAGGAAGUGGAGCUUGCCUUAAACUCCACCCUUUGUCAAGAUUUGUCAGGCAAAGAUAAAAAAGCAUUCUUAAAGGAAGAGGAAACCAUAGGAGAAAGACAAGUUUGAGGUGACAGACUCUUUAAUAAAUCCAUGCACACAUGUAUUCAUUGGGGGUAAGGGAUAUAUGCAUUUUUUUUAUUUAUUUAUAUUUUAAAGCUAGAGUAUUCUUUGAAUGGGGAUGGGCACACUCUUGAGUGGAGAAGCAUUGGCAUGGUGCUAUUGAUUUGACUUGAUAUCCUGAGAGGUAAAGUCCAUUUUGCCUCUCUUUUCUGUUAAGUUAAAGGGUCAGGAGAGGACAGCAUUUCCAGCCAUACCUUCUGCAAUCCAGUCAGCCAGAAUGAGUGUGGCCAUUAUAGUGGUCAAACCCUGCACCCUACAUUUUAUUUUUGAAUUUAAGUUUUGUUUUUUAUAAUUCAGGUGUGUCAAUCUCAGUGGAUGUUGGACACUUCUGUUUCCACCCUCUGUGAUAAGGGUGCAAUGCUGCACUUGGCAAUAUCCGUAAAUGAGGUUUAACACAGGUUAAUUGUGAUUGUAAUAUUGGUUGAGGAGCUGCCACAGUUGCUUCAAAAAACAAAAAUAUAAAUUUAAAAGAGUAGUAGAUGACAGAUUUUUAAAGGAACACUCUAACUUUAAAAAUGUGUACAUUUUUAAUGUUGACGUUCCUGAGGUUUAAUACAUGGCACCAGUGUAAAAUGUAAAAAAUAAAAUAUAUAUAUAUUUACAGCUUUGUUUUGGUUGUAUCUAGGACUAGGGAAUCCAAUCCUAGCAGCUGCAGCUCCUCUUCUGAGAACACCUAGCCGGAUGAUAUUUGGGGCAAUCCAGUGCUUCUCCUAGAGAAGCAUUGUGGACAUACUUAGUGUGCUGCGAUCUAAUGCUUCUUAUUAGACAUAUUCGCAGCACUCCGUGGCGGCAUGCUGUAUGUGAUGAUGGGGAACAUGAAAAUGUUCAAUGAGGAAAUGGCUCUCUGAUAGCCCAUAGUCUACGAGCAUUGUAACUGACAAAUGUAAACACUGCUAUAAAGAUGCAGUUGUUUUGGGUGCUUUGUGUGUCCCCUUUUUAACCCCUUAAGGACACAACUUCCGAAAUAAAAUGGAAUCAUGAUGGAAUAGUUCCGUCAUGUGUCCUUAAGGGGAUAGAUGCCAUCACAGAAUGCUCUGUUUUUGUUUCUCCCACACCCCCACCUUUGCAGACUAGAGAUGAUGACUCCUAGUCAUUUUAAAACUCCCUGUAAAGGAACACUGCAGGCACCCAGACCACUUCAUCUCAUUGAACUGCUUUGGGUGCUAUGUCCACUUGCUUUAAUCCUGCAAUAUAAACAUUGCUGUUCUGCAGGAACGGUGAUGUUUUUAUUGCAAGGGUGAAUACCCUAGAUCAGGGGUUCCCAAUUAAUUUUUCCAAUGGAACCCUUUGAUAUUGUGUAUUAACAUUGUGGAAGGGGGUGAAUACAUACGCACAUGCCAAUUUUCUGAUUUCUAUUUCUAAAAAAUUGUUUUAUGUAUAUAUUUUUCUCAUUUCACUUCACCAACUUAGACUAUUGUGUUCUGAUCCAUAACAUAACAUUCAGAUUAAUUAAACAUUGAACUUAAGGCUGUAAUGUAACAAAAUAGGUAAAAAGUCAAGGGGGGUGAAUACUUUUGCAAGGCACUGUAUGUAUCUGUGUGUAUCUGUGUUUGUAUUUGCCAGUGUGUAUGAAUCUGACACACAGAUACACUCACAACGUCAGAUAGUGGCACACAGAUACACACACCUUGACACACAGUGUGUAUCUGUUUGUCGAGGUGUGUGUAUCUAUGUUUCAAAGGGUGUGUAUCUGUGUUUGUAUGUGCUGGUGUGUGUCGUGUGUAUAUCUGUUUGUAUGCGCCAGUGUGUGUAUCUCUGUGCCGGUGUAUCUGUGUGUAUAUGUAUCUGACACACACACUGGCACAUAGUGGCACACAGAUACACCUUGACAGACAGAUACACACAAACUGACACACACAUCUUGACUCACAAACACUCUGAUACACCUAGUGCCAUAUACACACACUUGCACCCACAGAUACACACUGGCACAUACACACACUGAUACACUCAGAUACACACACAAACACUGAUUCACACUGGCACCUACACACACUUAGAUAUACACAGUGACACAUACACAAACCUUGAUACACACACACACACACACACACACACACACACUCUCACUGACAAACAUACAUACUCUUUGACAGACACACAUACAAACACAUAUACACUCUCACUGACUAGAACAGAUACAUUCUCACUGACAAAACAGAUGCACACAUUCACUCCCUGACGAGCACACAUUCACUCCCUGACGAGCACACAUUCACUCCCUGACGAGCACACUUAUAUUUUUGACAGACUCACAAACACAUACAAAGUCCCUAACAGACACAGACAAUUUUUUAAAAAUUAGUUUUUACAUUUUACUCCACCUAGCUCCUUUACCUUUAGGAGUGCUGGCAUGGAGACCCUGGGGUCCAGUGGGGAUGCUGAGCGGCUGGCGUGCGGGCUGCAAGGGAGCAGUGAUCUCCCUGCUCAACUCCCUUGUGCGCCUCUUAGUGAUGUUGGAGCUGGCGUGACAUCAUAUUCUGGCUCCAGCAUCACUGCUGUGCACAUGAGGAAGCUGAGCAGGGAGAUCACUGCUCCCUCGCCGCCCAUGGCCAUUUUAUUUUUUCAACUUUUGGCGGAACCCCAAUUGCGAAACGCUGCCCUAGAUGCUACCACUCUGAGAGCCUCUAGAAGCACUCUCUCCAAAAUAGUCACGUGAAACUUGGCUAUUUCAAUCAUAGCCAUCUGGUAGGUGUAAUGUGGUGUUUUGUCUUGCAUGCACAUCAGCCUCCCAAUAGUUUUCUAUAGGAAUGCUCUGAAUUGGAUGAGAUCAUCAAGCUUAAUGAUCUUAACAAAGGAGGUUGGACAUGUCACAGAGAGCAGGGACAGGGACUUAUCACCAAAAUGCUGAUUAGGACACUAGCAUUAGGAAUACACUUUUGUAUUUAUAAAGCUUCAGUGUUCCUUUAAUUGUUUAGUAGACCGACCCCCACUUAUGUUUAUAGUCUGUGUGACACUUUUUUUUAGUUUUUAUUUCUUUAAAGCUAUCUCUUUCUUUACCAAACUAACCCAAAAUUAUUGGGCCAAAUGCCUGUUUCAUACCCUCUGGCAGUUAACUGUUUAAAGUUCUGCAUAUAUCUAUACACAUUAGCCUUUUAUCCCUAUCAGCUCUCAGUGUGUGAAGUAAAGCUGACUGUAUCUAUGUGUGCUGUGUGCAAAGUGGAUUUGUAUCACUGCUAAGAAAGCAUGUACAACAAAUAUUAAACCAAGAAGCAAGAUAUGACCGUUUUAAAGAGUAAUACAAUCACCUUGCAUUUCCUAGGAGGGAACAGUAAUUGCUAACCCCCCUCAAACCCAGCUUUUACUGUUCACCAAACCAGAUCCUAUUUCCUGUCCUUGGAGCCCAAUUCCAUACCUGCUGAAUGAAAGCAAUCAUCCAUGUGGCCUGUCUAGUGUCUGUGAAUGUUCACAUCUUAACAUUCUCCCUGCCAACUUGAGUGGGGCAAAGGUCUAUCUCAGUAUAAUGUAACUGCACAUCUUGUUGGCAAUAAAAUACUGCACUUUGUAGUUUGGCAGUUAAAGUGGCAUAGAUGCAUGUAUGCACUGCAUCCUACUUGAGGAACAUGAAAUUACACAGCAGAUUUGUCUUUACUAGGAGCAGCACAUGACAUCUUUUUAAUGUUCAACAAUCCUUUGCCUUUUCGCUAACCUAUAAUGGACCCUAUAGCACGCUUGGUGGUAGUAUAUAAAACAAAUUGAGAACUGCAGCAUAAAAUACCUACAAACACAUAAAUACCUUGUUUUUUUUCCAUAGGCUUCCCCAGGGAGAUUUAAAUCUUAAUUUUAAGUUUACUUAUUUAGUUGCCUUUAGAAAUCCUAAAACUAUAGCACUUGCAUAUGUUACAGGUGACUGACCUUCCUGACCUGAAAGAGGCUGCACCAAUCAAAAACCUCUCAUUCUAGUCAAUGGGUAGGGAUCAAAAUUUUCACUUGCCAUUCUCAAGUGAAAAUGCAACCCUGGCAAGUAGAGUAUGGAGUAUAUCUUGCAAUGGCAAGUACCUUUUAAAGGACCACUAUAGUGCCCUGAGGGUGCCCCCACCCUCAGGGUCUCCCUCCCGCCGGGCUCUAGGAGGUGGAAGGGGUUAAACUUACCUCUUUCUCCAGCGCUGGGCGGGGAGCUCUCCGCCUCCUCUGCUGCAUGCGCGGCAAGAGCCGAGCGCGCAUUCAGCCAGUCUCAUAGGAAAGCAUUCACAAUGAUUUCCUAUGGACUCUGGCGUCUUCUCAUUGUGAUUUUCACAGUGAGAGAGCCUCUAGCGGCUGUCAAUGAGACAGCCACUAGAGGCUGGAUUAACUGCUAUGUUUAUAUAAAAAAGGGUUAAACCUAGCUGGACCAGGCACCCAGACCACUUCAUUUAAGCUGAAGUGGUCUGGGUGCCUAUAGUGGUCCUUUAAGGCCUGAUUCGUAGAAUAUAGGACUUUACGUUUUCAAUCUUGUUUAUGGAAGUCUGUCGUAUCUCUUAAACAGCAGUUCUUAUUCUCACCAGGGUAAAAGGGAGAUAUGUCCAUCCUAGUUUUAGGAGUGCAUGCAUGAAAUGGACAGAUCUUUGAUGGCAAAGGAAGUAUUCAAAAGCGACCAUUUAAAAUGCUAAUGCACAUAAUAAAGUAAUCCUCUGCAAAGUUUGUGUUCAACUUUCUCGCAUGUUCCUUAUUUUAGGUGAGCAUCCAAUAGACCAGUAGUGGUUUCAGCUAUUAAUAUACAUAUACCGUGCAUAUCCCCUGUGUGUUAAUGUUUUGGCUAUGUGCUGUUCUAGGAGUUCCUCGAUUUCCUGUGAGCUGUGUUCGGAAAUUAUCUUGUGUUGACCCUGUAAUGGAGAUCACACAGCUCAGUGACCAGUAAUAAAUGAAAUAUUGUGACUGUUUCUGGUGACCCGAGCAGUUUCAGUUCUACCUCAAGCAAGACGAAUUUAGACUGCUUUCUCUUUAACCAUUUUAAUGCUGGUCUCUCGGGGCUCUGGCCGCUCUCAGCAGGGCUAAUGUCUUUUACAAAUGGACAUUGCUUUUCAGAUCAGUGUUAUCCAACAAACUUCUUUAUAAGUAUAAAAGCUGUCCCAGGCAUAUCUAUCAACUAUAUAUCCCAUUACGUUACAUUAUUAUUUGAAUAUGAUGUAAUUGCUAACUUAUGCUUCUAAAGGGUAUGUGGCCUUCCUAAUUAAAAUGUUGGUUCAGAAGGUGGGAUCAGUGUUCAGGUCUGCAGAAUACUAGGUAUCACUAAGGUAUUAUUGGAGAUGGAUGCAGUCCUGUAGAACGAUGUUACAGUGCAUGCUUCUACAUCCAAUGUCUGUCUUAUAACUGCUUUUCUUCCCUCUUUGUAGGAAUUAGAGGAUGCCUUGCACAGAGAUGACGUGGAAUUCCUCAGUGAGUUAGUUGCAAGUCUGCUGCAGGGCUGCUACCAGCGGCAAGAUAUCACGUAAGUGCUUACUUAUUUUUAGGGGAUAGUAGAGCCUAGUAGAGCCCUUAUGAAUGAAGCCUUUACUAAUCUUUUUUUCACAAUUUUGAAGUGUUUCUGGUGUGUGUUGUUUUUUUGAUUUAGAUUUUUUUUAAUGUUUUUUUUUAAUGUUUUUAUGGCUCCAUGAUUCAAAAUGCAAUCAGCAUUUGCUUCACCAACUGGUACUGUUCCUUUGAAGGAUUUAAUGUAUCUAGCAGGGAUUUAUGGUGUAAGUCUUCCUGUCCCAGUUGCAGUAUCAGUUGUCCCAUUGAUGAGUAGAACUGGUAAAAUAAGUCGUACUGUGGCUGCCAUCAGAUUCACCGUUUGUGCAUCAAGCUGUGUGCAGAGAUGCCCUGAUUUGCCAGUUGCUACUGUGACCUGGGCUCUCUAGAGAUGGGGAGAGAGAUGUGCCCACUACACGUAGGAUGGAAAAGGAGAAAGUAAAAUUCCUACCGUCUUAUAGUUGUAAAGUGUUUUUUUUUUUUUUGGUUGUUGUUUAUUUAUUAUAAAUUGUAGUGGCGUAAGCUACAAUGUGAAUAGGCAUUCUGUCAUGGGGACUCUAUCUAUACACUAUAACAGGUGUCGGCAACCUAUGGCACUUGAGGUGCCUUUGCAAGGCACUCAAGGCUGCCAUGGCCAAACAUACUCUUGCCUAUCAGGAGUCUUCAGAUUUCUGUUAGAGCAAACUAAGCAGUGAUUGGAGGUGGUGAGGGAGAAUCCUCAAUUUGCGCAUUGCAGCACUUUGAGGAAGUGAUCUUGGAUCACUUCCUCCCAUCACUUUUGAACGUGAAUCUGCACUGGAGUAUAGCAGAAAGCAAAAACAAUCGCAGCUCCUGGCCAGGCCAAUCGCAGCUCCUGGCCAGGCCAAUCGCAGCUCCUGGCCAGGCCAAUCGCAGCUCCUGGCCAGGCCAGUCCCUACUGCACCUCAGGGAAGCCACCUACAGUGCUAGAUAUACACAGAUCUGCAGAGAAAGCCUCCCCCUCAUACAAAUAAUACAAACAGCCACACACAUAGCCACAAAGAUGCACACAACCUCUCAAACAGCCUCUCGCAUGCAAAACCUCAAGCACACACACACACACACCACCAAACCGAUAAUGUGACAUGACAUAUCCACAGACACAAUUUCACAAACAGCCCUUAUACACAGUUUACAUUCAUAGGAAUGAUACACAAUACUACAAACUACUCAAGUAGAACAUAUACAAUAUAACAGCACAAAUACAAUGCUACAAAGCAACUGCAGCACCCAAAAAUAACACAAGCAAAAUGUGGCAACACACAUGCCUUAAUAAAAAAAUAAUAAUAAUAAUAAAAAAAAAUCGCACUGGCACACUCAAGGGGCUUAAGGAUCUUGUUUUGGCAAAUUUCUACUAAAAGGUUACCUACUCCUGCUCUAUAAACUGCAUAUUUUGCAUAGGUUAUUUAGGCUGACUCUUUACGCAUCUGACUUGAGCAUGAUACUGAGAAUCACUCUGAAUUAUCCCAUAGAUUUUUUUUUGUGUGUAAGUCUAUACAGCCAUCUCUACAUGUGUGAACAUGCCUAUCAAACACAUUCAUAUACUUAGACAGACUCAUACACACAUUUAUACAGGAGAUCAGUCUUCACAUACAUGCCAACCUUUUUUAAAUGGGCAAAUAGGGACACUUUCAUUUUAGGGACGUGUCCAGGGGUGGGGCCUUUCUGAGAAAUUAUUGGUGACUUACUUAUAAUAAUUUCUUUUUCAAAUAAUUUUUAUUAAAGUUUUUUUUUGUAUAACAAAUGAUAAUAAUACAAACAUUGUAUUAGGGGUAGGAAAGGAGGGGUAACAUGGAAAUGGGAAGGGGUAUCCAUCCAUCAAUGAAAUAAACAUAUUAAAGUAGAAGGCAAAAGGAAAAAUGUUUUACAACAAUGCACUUUAACAAUAAAUAUAUCAAAGACCAUAAACUGUUUUGAUUUUUUUCUUCCCAUUUAUCCCAGUUGUAUUUUAGUAUUGGGAAACCAUGCAUAUUGGCUCUGUGUGAUAGUUCAUGUGCCUUAUUUUCUAAAAUCAAAUUAAAAACUUCUCUGAGAGAUGGCACAUUUUGAGACUUCCAAUGUCUAGGUAAACAGGAUGUAGCAGCGAUCAGAAUGUGGCCUAUGAUUAUUUUAUCUGAUCUAUUAACAGACUCCGGGAGUUUUUUAAAUAAGGCUAGUUCCGAGGUUAAGAUACUAAUGGUUCCGUUCACUUUAAUAAUCAGAUCGUGGAUCAUUUUCCAAUAAUUAAUUAACUUGGGGCAAAACCACCAGAUAUGAGCCAUAUUGCCCACUCCCCCACAGUCUCUCCAACACCGGUCAGAAUACAUAUUGUUCAUGUUAUGUAAUCUAGACGGAGCCAGGUACCAGCGAUAUAAGAUUUUAUAAUGAUUUUCAAAAUGGUCGGUGCAAUACGAAAUGCCUUUCAAACCUGUAAAGAAACCGAACCAUUCUACUAAAUCGUACUGGGCACCCAACUCCGUCUCCCAUGACAGCAUAUGUUUUAAUUUAACUAAGGGCUUGGCAUUAUGAGAUAAGUAACAUAAGGAUAUAAUACCUUUACUAGCGGGGCUGUAUAAAAUAACUUUCUCUAAAGGAGAUAUCUCAAGUGAUUUAUACUUAUAAUAAUUUCUAAUGGUAAAAUGUAAUCUAGAACAUGAACAAUGUAUCUUAUUUGCACAGGCUGAUUUCUAAACACAUCUAUUGUAGUUUAGAGACCCAUUACUGGGAGUAUUAGUGCUAUGGAGAUUUAUACUAAGAAACACCAACAACAUCAAACUCCUACAAAAAAGGUACAUUAGAAUAUUAAAGAGGGAAUUAUGCAAAAAGUAGUGACUGUCCCUCCUGGAUAAGGACAUUUGGGAGGUAUGGUCUCUGCACUGAUUGCCUAGCUCCCUGCUCCUCCGUACUGUUGCUGGGGCUCAGUUGAUGUCAUAUAUUGCCUCUAACAUCAUUAUGAGGCAUGCAAGAAGCUAGGAAAUCCGUGCAGAGUGAGGCAAACACUCCCUCGGCACCAGAACCAAAAAAGGCUCUCCAGUAGGGGACACCUACUCUGGCUGAUUGUACCCCCAUCACCUGGUUCGGAGCCUCUCUUUUGUACACCACUGGAUUGGCGUGUUCUUUUAGUUAGUUAUCGCUAUAAUAUGUGGUGGCAACUGGAAGUGAGUGGUCUGUAAAAUAAAACCUGCUAUGCAUUUUUGAAUGAAUAUGUACCUGGCCACUAGUGGAUUUAAAAAGAAUGUCGCCUGCCUGCGUGAGAGAGAACCUCUUCCCUACAAUUUGCUACUUCAUAUAUGCGUUAGUGGAAUUUCGGGCGUAUGACUGUUUGCUGGUUCAAGCCUGCCCUUACUGUUGCACAAUUGUUAAGGGUCAUAAAUUUUAUACUAUAAGGGGACUUUAAUGAUUGGUCUAUGUAUCAAACCACCUUCUUUCAUAGCUAGCAAAUAUGUAGAUAACCCAUAACAUAUUGGGUCCUUUUUUCUUUCUAGUAGUUGUAGAUUAACAUAUGUUUUCAUAUUGUAGAGGUCUUCACAUAUUCUGAAAUAUCCAUACAUUGGAUCAGCAGAAUGCCUCAUGUUCUAAAGUAUAUGAUCCCAUAACCUAGAGUUGAUAUUUAGCAAUGUAGCCUAAUCAUUACCGUGUGCUCAAAGUUUCAGACAGUGUGAUCUAAUGUGGAGAGCUCUGUCCAUGUGCUACAUAGGUGCUUCCUCUAUGCUUUGAAACACUAGCCAUUGCAGGAUGAGCCAUACGUUUUACAAGUGUUGUGUUACAGGAAUGUGUUGGCCCCCAGAUUAGUAAGUGUGAGAUAGGACAGUUUAUAACAGCACAAUGAGUUGCGGUAAUUCAGCAGUUUGUAUCAUGGAUAUUGAUGGUGGUGGGAGUUGAAAGGCAUUCCUAUGUUGUGUGUUAGUGGAUGGAAUUGGUGACUCAUAAUGUUUUAUCACUAAACUGAACGAAACUGAGCCAACCACAUUUAAUGUUCCCUGCAUGCCACACAGGCAGUCUCUGAGUCACUGCUAAGGAAGCCUUUCCCAUAAGAGUACUUGAUUGGAGAAGAAUACUUUUACAAAGCCCUUGUUCAAAUGAUAAAAAUUCUCCCAUCGGCCAGCAAUGCUACUACAACCAUUUGAUACAGGAUGGCUUGUCUUUCAAUUAAUUCUUGAACUAGAAUGCAUAUCAUUCUCCCUUAGUCCGAGCGUAGUCAUUGAACCUGAAUGCAACUUAAACUGUUGAAGGAUGGUAAAGCCCUACAUAAAAGAAAGUUUGUGUCUGUACAAGCACCCAAUUCCGGCAACCUUGAUGCUUGCCUCUCCUCUGAGGCCUACGUAGAGAACAGCCCAAACCAACCUGCACCUCUUGCAGCACAAAUGAGCAGCACUGCUGUCCUGAACGCCUGCUCUUCUUUUGAGCUGGGUGCCCACUUGGAGGUAACCCCCCAAGUGUGUGUGUGUGUAUAUAUAUAUAUUUUUAUAUAUGUGUAUGUAUAUGACACAUUUACAUAAAAUAAGGUAAAAUGUCAAUGUAUGUGCUCAGAAGAAAGCCAACCUAUAAAUAAUACAAUGGAAUUGCAUCCCAAUAGUAUAUACACAGUGUACACUAUAAACCGCUUUGAAUCUGGAUAAAUCAAGUAGGACAUGAUCUCCUCCAAUUUUUUAUUUUUUUUUAUUAAAUAUUGCCAUCAAUCAAUGUACUAACUUCAAAAAGAUACAUUUUUGUUUGUUUUUGUUGUCAAUGGGAAUAAAAUGACAUACUUUUAUCAGCUUGCUCCCCACCCCCCAAAAUUACUUUAUUAAAUGAACACCCCAAGUACCUUAACCACUUUAGCUCAUUGUAGUAGUAGUAGUAGUAGUGGUGCUAGAUGCCAGGUGCUCCCAUUCCCCCACCCCUUUUUGUUUUGAGUCAAAACAUUUUUGAGCCGUUUGACUCCUUGCAUGUUGUCCACCAGAUGCUGAUUCGUUAUUUAUGUUUGAGAGCAAAAAAGUUAGCUUUCCUGAGCUAAGCCCUGCAUUGCUCAUCGGGUGAGAGGGAUCAGUUGAUCUCUCAUCCAAUGUAUUGCAGAGUUUAGCUGAGAAGCGCUAAUAGAAGUUUCAGCUUUCAAACAUAAGUAGUGGAAGCUGGGAACUGUGCCUGGAAGACCCCAGGUAAGAUGUCAGACUGUUGUAAAACAGUUUCACUCCUUAAAGUGGUGAUGGGGGCGGAGGGGGGGGAGUGCUAGGUGACUCCUGGCUCCAUAAAUGCCACAAUGGGCUCUGAUAAGUUUGGUACUUGACGUGUUUCUUUAAUGUAACUUUAUAACAAGUCACAAAGUAGCAGGAGAUCUAGCAGUUAUCAAAACUAAAUUUCUUUGACAGAUUAUAUUAGAGUUCACAGGAACUGCAAAAACUGCUAUGUGAUAUAUAAACUGUAUUGGCAGAUAUCGACAUGGUAAUUCCUUGGAUAUAUCCUGUCUGGCCAGCUUUUUAUGAAUUAAAGGAUAAUUGCCAGUACAGACUCCAGUGGUCUAGUAUUUCUGUUACUUAAAGAGACUCUCCAGUGCCAGGAAAACAUAUUAGUUUUCCUGGCACUGCAGGACCCUGCAGUGCCCCUCUCCCUCCCAUCCCCUAUCCCAUGUUGCUGAAGUGGUUAAAACCUCUCCAGUGACUUACCAGAGUCCAGCGCUGAUAUCCCUCGGGGUCAGGCUCCGCCUACUCUCCUCCCCACCGGUGGGCGAGACCUAAUGCGCAGUGCUUUCCUAUGGGUAUUUUGGCAACCCUGCAGGUCCUCAAGCAUAGCGCGAUGACGUCCAGUGUCGUUUAAAACACUUUUCGUGUUCUAAUAGACAGCCACUAGAGGAGGACUUAACCCUGCAAGGUAAUUAUUGCAGUUUUUAAAAACUGCAAUAACUACACUUGCAGGGUUAAGGGUAGUGGGAGUUGGCACACAGACCACUCCAAUGGGCAGAAGUGGUCUGGGUGCCUGGAGUGUCCCUUUAAACUAUCUAAUACAAGUGCUGACCUCUCCCCAAUCCCCCUAGUUUGUCCUCUAUUGAUUGUGUGAUGGUAGAUGUAUCUUGAUGAAUCGCAUCCCCUCCUGUCUCUUUCCCAGGGCACAAACGUUUCAGGUAUACUUGGAAGACAUCAUUAGUUAUCGCUGGGAGCUGGAAGAGGGCAAGCCAAACCCCCUGAAGGGUGCCAACUUCCAUCAGCUGCCUCUGCACACACGACUUGAGAUUCUUCAUAGACUGUGUGACUAUCGACUUGAUGCAGAUGACGUGUUUGACCUACUCAAGGUAUGAUUACUUGCCAGGGUUCUAUCUCAGCAGGGUUUAGUUCCAGUAGUUAUUCAAUAGAUCCAAAUAUACAUUUGCAUAUACACAUACUUAUAUUUACUCUCUAGUUAGUGAGCUCAUUUGAGCAGGGCUCUUUGUACUCUGUUUUGUAAACUUUAGCUUGUUUGUCAUUCAUUGUUUCUAUGUUACAAGGCACUACAGAAUAUCGUUGAGCUAUACAAGUAAUAUGUUAACGUUUCAAUGUCCUGCAAACGUGACUUUUUCUAGGGCAUAUCUUUUUAUCUUUAAAGUGUUAUGGUUUAUGUCUUUGCCUCUGGCAUAAAGUUGUGUAUACUACUGUUGUGUGUAUGCUUGUGAACUCCCACAAUGUCUUCUGCACACAGUUACAGGUUAGGUACUGAAGAAAAGCAUAAUUAUUAAAGACCUGUAGCCAAAUGAAUAGACAGAUUGCCAUUGUUUAAUUUGUAACCUAUAAUUUGGGAUCUACAAUUAAGUGGUAAAUUAGACCAUUGUUUGUUAAAAGGCAGGUAUACUACCAGAAAUGGCCUAAGACAAAUAUAAUACAUGUAAUUGAAAAGUGUCACUUUAGAUAUAUAAUGCAGAAUUUACACCCAUAAAAUGUCUUUACUUUUUAAUGACCCUCUAUGACUUGUUUCCAUCUGCAGGGUCUGGACGCAGACAGCCUACGCGUGGAACCCCUGGGAGAAGAUGACAUCGGAAAUCUUUACUGGUAUUUUUAUGGGACUCGACUGUAUAAAGAGGAGCCUUCAUGGGAAAAGAGGCAGCAAGCUCUGCAAGAGUAAGUUUUACAAAAGCCUAACGUCACCCACCAUUAUAAGCUAGCUUUCAACUCCCAAACUUGAUAUCCAGUAAUAUGUAUUUGAAAUCCCAGAGGUAAUUUAUCCCAGCUUCUUUUACGAUAAAUGCAGGAUUGGUUUGUUGUCUCCCCUCCCAAUGCAAGAAAUUCACCUUUAAAGGACACUAUAGGUGCAUGAGUCUCCCACAAAGCCCAUACUUUCUCAUGCUAAGAGAUUGUGCCUUUCAACAAUCUUUUAGUGUCUGCAGUGUCCGGCACCACGGAAAACGUGCGGGGACUGGAAGACGUGCUAUGCAGAGUUUAGCAGUGACCAGUGGGCACAUGGUCAAGUCUUUUAAUGUUCCCUGUAACACCUCUGGGAGCAUGUUUAAAAGGAACGAUUCUGGCUAGAAACCUAAGGUGAUGUUAGUGAACUUUUGUAUCAGUCAUUGAUUUUGGUGCUAUUACUGUAUGAGAGGUCGGCAAUACCAAAAUAUAUGUGUGGUUGUUCCAGUGUCGCCAUUACUGUGCCAGCAAAGUGGGGGCUAUGUUGAGUAAAUGUAUGCUAGCCUGUGUGGCGCUAAAUACCAUCUCACACGCUUUGCAUGUGUGAAAUGGCCGCAAUCCGCCAUUCCUCCGGUGUGAAUUCUGUAUCUGGUUAAAGUUCCCAUUUGAACAUAUAUGGUAAUUUGAUGUAUGUAUGGUACGAUGAUUUAGGGCUGCAUGAAUUAAUGCCAGUGGUUUGAUCUAUCCCGGCACCACAAGACAUAGCUUGUGGAAUUACCUUAGUUCAUCUGGAGCUAAUCCAAAUGUUUGCCUAUGAUGGUUGUAAUUCUCAAAUAGGUGAACAAUUCCUUAUGAAGGAGUGGAUAUUCACAUUGGAGAUCUGAGUAGUGCCAGAUUUGUGCAUUAGACAUAAUCUGGCAUACAUUUAGUAUACCUGCCUGUAUCCACAUCUUAAUAUAGGUCAGACAUGUACAAUUAAAGAGAGUCGGGGCUAGGAACAGUUUAGGGAUGAGGUCUUUGAGCGUAUCAGUUCACUUGUGCUUAAUGAGUGAGAACUUUGUGGUUUGUAGGAUUGCUACCACUAAUGGGGAGAAGGGCGUUGUUAGUGGAAUGGGGACCAAAGCAGUUGAUGCGUGGUAUAUGCGCUCAUAACCGCAACCUCUAGUCUGAGCCAGAGGGGUGUUAAUAGUGCGGUGACGGAGGCUGUCAAUUGGGCCAAUUCAGUUGCUUUGUAGUAUGUUUUUAUAUGUGGUAACCUUAAGCCCUCCAUCCGUGAGUGCAGCUAAUUAACGCACAUGUUUGCCCAGACCAACUAAAAUAUCAUUUAGCAUACUUAAUAUUUUUAAUGGACUUUCAUAUACUGGAGGGACACUCUAAGUACCAAAACUUUAGUUUAAUGAAGUCCCUGCAGUCUCACUACCCAAUUCUCUGCCAUAUUGGAAUUAAAUCACUUUUGUUUCUGUUUAUUCAGCCCUAGCUGCACCUCACACAGUUUACAUAAAUAAAAGGUUUAAUUUUCAAGAAGAUCAUAUGGCACAUUGUGUUUACUUUAGACGUUCUUAUCAUCUGCUCUGUUAAUUUAAUUUACUUUGAUCACACAUAGGAGGCUCCUGUAGGCUCUACAAGGCUAUAACAGAGCAUGAGGUAAGAAAUUCUAAAUUAUACACAAUAUGCUAUAAGAGAAGCUAAAUUAUAUAGACUUUAUUUUUUUCCUUUUUGCAUAACAUGAUUUAUUGAGAAAUUACCUAGGAUAAGCAUACCUAGUUAUAACUAGUCGGUGAAUAUGUGUAAGCAAUCAAAUGAUUAGUAACAUAAGACCGUUCGACACUACAGAACAGCAAAAGUCAACUAUUGCAAUGUAAAAUACAAUAAGUGGGAGUGGUUGGUAAUAUGCAAGCAGGUUAUUUGAAAAGUAAUAAGAAAUCAUUGACUAAAAACAGUUGUACAACAGCUGUAAAUCAAUUCCAAGCUAUUAAAGGGACACUAUAGUCACCAGAACAACUACAGCUUAUUGAAUUUGUUCUGGUGAGUAGAAUCAUUACCUUCAGGCUUUUUGCUGUAAACACGGUCUUUUCAGAGAAAAUGCAGUGUUUACAUUACAGCCUAGUGAUAACUUCACUGGCCACUCCUCAGAUGGCUGUUAGAGAUCCUUCCUGGGUCAUGGCUGCCUAAAAUGCAUCCAAACAUUCAGUAUCUCCUCCCUCUGCAUGCAGACACUGAACUUUCCUCAUCAGAGAUUCAUUGAUUCAAUUCAUCUCUAUGAGGAGAUGCUGAUUGGCCAGGGCUGUGUUUGAAUCAUGCUGGCUCUGCCCCUGAUCUGCCUCUUUGUCAGUCUCAGCCAAUCCUAUGGGGAAGAACUGUGAUUGGAUCAGGCUACCACUUCUGAUGAUGUCAGCAGACUGCUUGUUUUUUUUUAUUGAGGCAAUGCAGAGUUACAGCUUUUGGCUUGAAUACAGUAAGAUUUUGCUAUAUUUAUGGAGGCAUGAGUGACCCUGGGGGGCUAGAUGGUGGUGUUAACACUAUACGGUCAGUAAUAUAUGUUUGUGUUCCUGACCCUAUAGUGUUCCUUUAAGCUGUCAAAAAGGUGGGAGAGAGGGAGGGCAAGGCAAUAGUGGAAGUUGGAAAAUAGAAACUGGACAAAGGCCCCUAGAGCAAAAUGGAAAUCACAAUGUUCUCAGAGAGCGUGCCAAUUCCAGGGACUUGCCACCUGUACCUGAAUGGUGUAGGAAAGAGGGGAAGUCCCUGAAUCAUUCCCAGUGGAACAAACACAUUGCAUUAAGUGUGCCUUGUCCCAGGAGGAUGCUACAAGAGACCUUAUGAAAUGGAUCUCUUUGACCUCUGCAAUCUACCUAAAAUAGGAUGGGAGACUGACUUGCUUUGAACUGUUCACUUUAACUGUGUAAAUAAUGAUAAUUAAGCUAGUGUCUUUUGACCUCUUUUUCAGGAAUUGUGUAGGGAGACUGUGAGUCAGUAGAGGCAUGGCUAGAGCUGCAUAAAUGAAAUGAUUUUACUCCUAAAUGGCAGGGAUUUAAGCAGUGAUCUGUACAGCUGAAAAAAAAAAAAUUGUGACGUGUCUUCAUUGUACAAAACGUAUAAUAGAAAUUGGCACUUUUAUAAAUUAACCUUGUUAUAUCCCCCUAGCUUACAUUUAAACAACCAGCCCUCUUAGUUCUUCAGUUGCGCUAGACUCAACUGGUUCGCUCAGUUGAACUAAACUCAAGAGGCAGCAAUUGCCCAGUGCACUAGACUUGCAAAGACUUCUCACUUAGCUGCAUUGGGAAGUCUGUGAUUGGACAGCCACAGAAAAUCUGGGUAGGGCUAGAAGGGGAGGGUUUGCAAAGGCUUCAGACAGAUGAUCAAUAGCUUUUGCAAGCUAUUUUGAAAAAUACCCCCACUGAAACAAAAUGCAUAAUUACAUGUAUUUACCCACUCACCCCUUGGGUUUUAAUUGGAACUAUGUCUACUAAACAGUAAUUUACCUGUAACCAUGAAAUAUUGUUAAUGCAACAUAUUUACAGUGUUAUUUAUAAAAUAUGUAAAUAUUUAUAUUGCAAAUCCAUUUAAAUGUUCAGUACUAAUAAGGAAAUAUUUUUCUCAUUUAUAUCCCAUAUUUGGGGUCAUUCAGUUGUAGCCCAGAUGCUAAGGACAUCCUACAAUAAAAAACACAUUUUCUUUAGGGUUGUAUAUAUAUGCUGGGGAAGGGCCCUAGUCAUAAAAACUUAAAACCAUUUCCCUCUUUAAUCUAUUAAAUUUGUAGAGAGAGAGAGAAAAAAUGUCCCUAAAUCCGUAUCCCUUUUCUUCCUUGCUCUUUAGUUCCAGUCAUGCAGGAGUGAAAAAUGUAUCCCUGGUGACCCGGUGCUAGAGAAUGGAGAUCUACAAUUACUUCAGAUCUUGCAGGACUCCAGCCCAUAGAUUACUAGCAAAGGUUCAGAGGAAAUAAAAUGAGUCACACCCCAGACAUCUGAAAUAUUAGAGAAGAGUAGCUGUGUCCUUUGUUUGAAGUUUGCUUUUGUAGUUUGUUUGAUGCAAACAUUGCUAGCUUUGAACAUUGUGCUAGUGUUAUCCAUUUAACAUUGAUGGCUCUUUUUCUCUCCAUGGUUUCAAUAUUGCUACUUUUUUGUUUCAGAGCAGCUGAAAUUGCAGCAAAACCUGUACGGAAGAGGGGUCGCCCACCCAAAAAGAAGAAAUUGGAGGAAGCUGUAGUCAGGUGUGAAAUAUCUGUACUUGAUGCAAAGCCUUUUGGAGCUAAAUAAAUAAAGCUAAUUAGCUCAUUAAAGCAUAAUGGGUAUAAUCUACCUUCAUUUAAAUACUAAUUUUAAAUAGAGAUUGUUUCUUCUGGUCAACCUAAAUCGGUGAUGGGUAAAUUAGCAUGCUUAAGGUCCAAAGUAUUGAAAUAUUCCCAUCAUUGCCUCCUUUAGCUUGCUUCAUGCGUCCAGUGAUGACUAACUUUUUAAUAUUUUUUUUUUAUCAGUUGAAAUUUUCUGUAUUUUGAAGGUCAUGAAUAUAAUUGCAGACAUAAAAUGGCACAUAAUACAUCAACUUAAGUGUGUAGAUAAUGUGUGGAAUAUCUGGUAAUCCAGUUAGUCAUAGCCAAUAAGGAUACAUAGCCAGCUUGCAUAACCAUGGUAUUUGUUAAGAUGAUAGAUCUCAUAUUAGUUGGCCAUGAGUGUGGAUGGAACAGGCUUAAUGUUAUUUGGACCCUUUACAAAAUUAUUUUGUGAUGUUCCCUGUCACACACUCAUUGGUGUAGAAAAUGAAGUGAUGUAAGGAACACACAGUCAAUAAAUUAAGAAACAAUAUACUAGUUGAUACAUGCCUAUUAGAGCAUAUUUGCAUUGGUUUAUUGUCUUUCACAAUUUUUUUGCAGUGAGAAGUUAGAAGUCAUUCAACUGACUCUAGAAGAAACAUCAAAGCAGAAUGGUAAGCGGCAGAGCAGAACCACUUUUUAUUUUUAGUUUUUUGCAAUAUUAUAAAUACAUGUAGCAUCUGUGAUGAGAGAGAAAAAAAUAUAUUUUAGUAAACCGUACUUAAUUUCAGGUGUCGGAAGAAUCACUGCCCUUUAUACCUCCCAGUAGCCUCACUAGCUAGUGGUUUUAGAACUGUUGUUUUCUCUGGUAAAUAUAUAUGUGCAAGUCUGGAGGCUAGUAUUCGCAAUGUGGGCCUUAUAACAGCAAUGGGAGCUACAAAGACCUGGUUAAUGGAUCUUUACUCCUCUAAGAUUCUUGAAUGUACACCUUGAUCUCCCCUGGACCACUCAUCCACAUUGGCAGUCACCUGACCUAUACCUCAUAUAAUGUAUGCAGUGGUUGUACACCACACCAAGUUUGGAAGCCUCUCGUACAUGUCUAUUGUUGCCUAUUGUGCUGUUAGUAGUUCUCAUAUAAUUUAUCACUUUCUGAAUUUAUCUUUCUUCUUUUUUUCUUUUAAUUUUUUUAACUUUUGAGUUUAUAUGUCUAAAUCCGUUUUUAGGGUGCUCUCCUAAUAUAAACCUUUACAGGUUGUUUGUUUUUAUUUAUUUUUUUUUUUGUUUAAACCUACCCUCAUAUGUACCACCACUAUGUUAUUUAGGCAGGCUCACUUAAGCAAAUUUCUGAGGGUAUUAUCUUUCAUCCUCCUCCCUAAUCCCACAUUAUUAUAAUCCAUGGUAGGGGUAUUUCCAUGGGGUAAGCGGUUACGCUAGGGAAGUUACUUGUUACUUUCGUUUCUAGUUUGGCUUUUGAAUUACAAAUCCCCCCAAAAAACUCUCUCUGUACGUGAACACCCAUGUAUAAUGUUCUAUUGUUUUCCAGCAGUCACGUAUGCUGUGCUUAUAACACAGUCUUUACAUGCUGUCUCACUUGUGGAGCAAAAUAUUCAUAAAGAAUAAAAAAAAAGACACUACUGACAAGUUGCCUUUUUUAUGUCUGUUGGUAAGGCCUUCAUAGCAUUCCUGUAUUAUGCAUUACAUUGUAAAUGUAUAUAGAUUUAUAGAUAUUCAGCAGAUAACUAAAAUACACUAUACAGAUGAUUAACAAAACAAAAUGGCUUAAUUCAAGGAUGUUGCCAGUGUGCAGUGUCACAAAUACGUUCUUACUAAUUAUCAUCAUUACAAGGGUUGUAUAUUUCUACUUGCAGUCAAUAAAGCAUUUAUUGUUGCAGUGCAUCACUUACAGUGAACACAAAUGUUAUUUAAUCAUCUAUCUAAAUGAUUAUGUAAAUGUGUGAUUAAUGGAUAAAUAGACUUGAUUUGCAUACUCGUGUGUAGAACGCUUUUUGUACAUUUGUUAACCUGUUUAUUUUGUCUUUUUAUUUAGCUGUGACCCCUGGUGAGGGCUCCUGGUCUCUACUGUGCCAGACCGAGCAGGAAUGGAAGGAGGUAACAGAGAGCUUUAAGGACAAAGUUUCGUCAAAAGAACGUCACUUGUAUAAGAUUCUCAGUGAGGAAUUUCUCCCAGAAAUCUGCAAUAUGAUUUCUCAGAAGGUAAGUACAGACUUCCAACAUGCACUUCAGCUUAUCCUUUGACACUAUGGGAUAUGAUGAUAUUAACCAGAAGAAUAUAUAUUUUAUUUGUCCUGAUUGUUUCCUUAAUUAUUUUCCUCCUCUGUUUUGUAGGAAAUUAGAAUUCAGAAAGAACAGUCUAAGCUGGCAGCAAAAAGAUUGUCUGGCUAUUCAAGCUAUAGAAAUUCCAUGCUCAAGGUAGAUUGCUGUUAAUUUGUCUGUGAGACAAUAUGAUCUUGAUAAAAUGUGGUGUUGGGUUGCUCCCUGGUGGUUAAAAGUGAAUAUAACAUGUUUUCCAAAUUCUAUACUGAGUUUGUGUGUUGGGAAAGUUUUAAUUAAAAGAACAAAAACAAAAAAAUGUUCUUUUAUUUGCCCCCCAGCCCCUCUUCCACCUUUUGGCAGGAUAGAUGGUGUAAUCCUUGGUGAUCCAGUGGAAGCCACAAUGUGGAGCUGUAUCCCUGGUGGUCCAGUGGAGAGAAGCAUUGUGGUUUCCACACAUAUUGGAGAUCCCCUUAAGAGCUCCCUCACAGCUCAGUGUUGAGUCAUUUAGAAGCGCCGAGGACUGCAAGGUAGUUCUUAAAGUGAUCUGCAUUCGAUAGAUGACUAGAUUGUCCAAACCACAGAAUUCUCACGACUUAGUAGUAGGAAGGCACAGGGCCAAGCAAGGAGAUCUUUUGAUCUCCCUGCUGACUCAUGGAAGCAUCCCCAGAGCUGCAAGCGCUUUUCUUUUAAGCAUAUUUUUGGGAUUUAUUAUAAUGACAUUGUAUACUUUAACAUGCUUUUUUGAUUUAUUGUUUUUGUUUUUGUUUUAGACCCCAUCCCUUAAAAGUAGAUUUGCUAUUUUGAACCUGCGGCACGGUUAGGUUUCUGCCACAGCCACACAUUUACUAGCAACUAAUUACGUAGACAAUUGCUAUAAAUUAAGCACAAUUCAUCCUAUGAACUUGCAUCCCACUAAUAUCCAUCCCUAGUUGUUUUCAGAUAGGCUAUGUUUCAAGUAAUCAUGGUAAUCCCCAAUUGUGUCAAGAAAUGUUUUUGUGUUUAUAUCAAUGCAUUUAGAGUUUCUGACCCUUUGAAGUGAGCCAGACAAGUGUGAGUAAAGGUGUCUAAAAUAUACCCUAAUGUUAUAUUUUACUUUCCUCUACUAGAUUCACCAGUAAAUCUGUCCUUAAAGGGUUAAUACAUUUCUUGCUUUUUUUUUUUUUUUCAGGAGCAGGAUCUAGAAAAAAGACUGGAAGAGGGGGAAGACGAAAGGCAGCUAAUGAUGGUUGUUCAAAGAAAGGAGCAGGAACUCCUGCAGAAAGAAGAGAGGAAGAGAGUUUUGGAAGAUAAGGUGAAAUCUGUGGAAGGUAUGUAACUCUCUCUGGCUACCGAUGAUUGUCCUCCGGUACAAGUACAAAAAUUGAUUUUCACCAGGUAUUCACUUUAGUCCAAGUGUAGAGAUCGCCAUCCUUGGUGUAUAAGGCUAUGUGCAUCUGCUAAAACAGAGAGAAUAGGCACGUACACUCUCAGAAGCAUUUGUUUGCUAUAGAAAUAAAAGGAGUAUCUUUCACCAGCAGUGUUGAUUUUGACGGCAAUUUUCAAUUUAGUUUUACUCUGAGACUUUUGACUAAAAAGCCAUUUUAGUCGUAUUAUAGUCAUCUUAAUGGUUUUCUUUUAGUCUGGUUUUAGUCAAAUAAAUCUCCAGUAGAUUUUAACCGAUACGACUAAAAUGUAAUGAGUUUAGCUAAAGCCUCUAUCUGUCUCUCUUGCCCCUUCCCCAGCCCCUCUAUGUCUCUUUGUGUCUUCCAAGUCCUGUUCUGUCUCUUUUGCCCCUUCCCCAGCCCCUCUAUGUCUCUUUGUGUCUUCCAAGUCCUGUUCUGUCUCUUUUGCCCCUUUCACAGCGCCUCUGUGCACUGUUAAUGUUGGCAGCAAAUUUUGAUUUAGUUUUAGUCACUUUUGACUAAAAUGUUAUAUUAGUUUUAGUAGACUAAAAUUGUUAGUCGACAAAAUUAACACUUGUUCACCAGGACAUGGCAUCUUUAUCUGUGUAAAGCACUUGUUUAUUUGAUGUUGUAUUUGCACUUAAAGUAAUAUAUUAAAGGGGCCUUCUAAGCACUUUAACUGUUACAGCUCUUCAUAGUGAUUAUGAUGCUAGCAGGCUAGUGGUUAUUCCUUUAUUGUAUAUUUCUUUUAAUUGAAUUAAUCCAUUAGUCACUGUUCAGAGCGUCAUCUUUUGCUACUUAAAUUAGUGUUAUUCUUUGGAAAAUAUGACGCAUUCUUGUUUCCCAUCAUGGUUCGUUUCCCUUUAUAUAUCCUAUUAUGUUUAUUUUGUAUAAUGCUGAGUGCACUGUCAUGUCAUUGGAGAUUGUAUGUGUAUUCUAGGUGUAAGUUCUUUUGGAAAUACAGUGAAAAUAAUUCUGUACUUUUCAAUAUUCCAGAGCGUGCACGUAGGAGAAAGCUGAGAGAGGAGCGGGCCUGGCUUUUGUCACAGGGCAAAGAGCUUCCCCCUGAACUAACACAACUGGAACCUGGCUCACCUGUAAGAAUGGAUUACAGAACCAGAGAUCUGUAAGUGUUUGACUAUCUCUAAUAUUAGUUUGCAAAAAAACAAGAGUAAAAUGCACGCACUAAAAAAGGGGGGAAUUGCUUCCUGCAGGGAGCUCCAGAAAGGGAGGGCCAAUCCCUGAAUGUUUUAUUUUUUUCCUUUUGAUGUCUCUAAUAUUGGGACAUUUUGAUAUUUCAUUUUCAAUUUUGCCUUCUGACUGUGGCGCAACUCUCCAUAAAAAGACAAAUAUUAGUUAUUCAAUUCCGUUUAGAAUUUUGAAACCAAAUCCUUUUGAAUCCAAAUCCUUGCUUGAGUUUGUAGAUUAGAACCUAACCAAGUAACAUAUAAAUAAAAUGGAAAUAUGUUGGGACCGAUCAUCUGUAAGUGCAGCAUAAGGUCGCACUUACCUAUGAUGUACUCCAGAAUGCAGUAGAUCACUCAGUAAGGGUUAUAUAUAAAUGGGUAAUGUUAAUAUUAGUAUAUCAGCUGCCGAUUCAGCAGAAGCUAAUUGUUGUUAUUAAAUAAGCUGCUUUUGUAAUUAUCUUUCUUGUCUUUGUCUCAAAUUAGAUUUAACUUUGAUCUGGAUGACCAUUACACAGGAAUGUACAAAGGUAAGUGACUGUUGCUAAACAGUCUCAAAAUACCUCUUAUUCCUCUUAUUUUUUUAUUAAUGGCCAAAACCUGAACUAACAGAUCAGUCGCUUCAAAAAUCGUAAACCAUUUAAAGAACGACUUCAGACAUCGAAACCACAGCAGUUUGCUGUAGUGGUUAUGAUGCCAGGAGUGCCCUACCAUCUGCGGAGAAGUGGAAGUUCAGUUAGCUUCAUGAGCUAAGCUCGGCAAUGUAGGGCAUAGCUUUUUUGCCGAGACCGAUCAGCUGACUGACCUAAAAUAAGACACCUUAAUACUGUUAUUUGCUGUGCAAGGAUGCUGGUUUUUUUUUUUUUUUAUUCUUUAUUUUUGUUGUGCAAUGCAUGUUACAAGCAUGCCCAUGUCGCCACAAUAGCAGUAACAGGCAUAUUUAGGCAAACAAUAUCAUGACAUAACUGGACAAAUGCACAUUUUUAUAGAUAUACAAGAUAAUACUACGUGUGACAGAAGAUGAAUCAGUGUGAUUAAUGAUUAAGGGAGUGUGAACUAGCGUUUCUCUUAGACACGGUGUAAAGAUAAGAAAAAAAAAUAAUCACAAUAAAAAGGAGCAUAUUCUUCGCUGGUACUAUAUGAGCUAUGAACACAUUAAUGCUUAAUGAAGUAUACAUGUAGCCCUUGUCUGGUUAUGUAUUCUUGUCUAUAUGUUGAACAGGACAGAUGUAGCCUAUAGAUAAAAGCUUUAAACAUGCACAGGUUUUUCCACCCCCGUUUAACCCCCCCACCGGCCAGGUGGAAGUCAGUGGCUGUGUGCCACGAGGCUGGUCUGUGUAAUAUUGCGGAGUAUAGUGGCAGCAUAGGGACCAAAGCCUUAGUACUGUCCUGUUAGGUAUUGUCCUGGCCAGUGGUGGAGCAACAGGCCCCUCGUGGUUUACUUGCAGUAUAGUCCAGUGUCUGCCUCUGGUGGGGGCUGGAUCCCCGCCGCCGUGCUGUGUCCGAAUACACUUCGUAUCUGCAGGCCGUCGGUUCUUGUGAGUCGGCAUCUUUGCUGUGCUUUGAGAAUAAUAGUGUGCGGGGUUUCGUCGCCGGGGCACAGUCUCUCCUCCUGGGGGCACAUUCUGUAGGUGCACAUUGCUCGUGUCUGCCUCCGCCGCUUGCUUGUGCUACUGCUCGGCAUGGUCCCGGCUUCUACACCGCCGUUUGGCUUAACCCAGAAUGGGUCUCAGCAGGUACUCGCCGGUUGUAUGCUGGGUUUUAUCUUUUUCUAAGCUUGUAGAUUUUGUGUUUUACAAUUUAAUUUUUUAUUUUUUUCCCUCUCUUCCCAUCUCCCGUUUACAGUUUUGGAUGCAGUGAAAGCUCACAAGGAUUCUUGGCCUUUCCUGGAACCAGUAGAUGAAUCUUAUGCUCCAAAUUAUUACAACAUUAUCACAGUAAGAAGGGAUUAUAGAUAUAUACAAUAUUAUAUUAUAUUUGGAAUCUAAGUACAUUUUAGCUAACUUAAAAUAAGAACUUUCUAGAAAUAUAUAUGUGUCAAAGAUAUGCAGUCUUCACUAUAGCUACAGAAUUGUGCACCUUCUGAGUGAUGAGCCUAUAAAGUUUAUUUAUUUUUGCGCAAAAUUAUUUCAGCUUAUUUGUGGUUUGACCUACAAUAUUUACAUUUGCUUCUGUUGUGAUAACCAAACCUCUCUCCCCAGAACCCUAUGGACAUAUCCAGGGUGGAACAGAGACUGUGUUCUGGAUACUACCUCACGAAGGAGCAAUUUGUCUGUGACAUAAAAACAAUAUUCAAGAACUGUGCAAAGUAUAAUGGACAGGACAGUGGUAUGUACUGAGAAGCAAGUGUCACCUUGGUAUUAAGAAAAACACAUCCUAUUGUGUGUGUGUGUGUUUUCAAUAUAUUGUUAAACACAAGUGCACACAUCAGUAAAGCUAUAAAAAUAGUUUUUCCCCUCAGAAAUCUGACAUUAGCAGUGCUGUUACUAUAUAUACAAAUGAGUUCAACAAAGAAUCACCUUUUUGUCUAAUUAUUCCAUCUUAAACAUGGAUUCCUAUGAGUUUGCUGUACACAACAGCUUUGAAACAGUUAGAGAUACAAAGCCAGUGAACCAUGGGACAGCUGUUUCGUUGUUAAUGCAACUUAUCAGCAUGAGGUUGGUUACUGGCUUGCUAUUGAGACUUGGCCUUACGGAGGACAAACCAAGAACGUUAUAGUGGGGAAAAAGAGAUUGAAAACCCCUUCCACCCGAAGUCAGUGGAUAGUCAAUACAAUGUUAAACACAGACUUUUUAGGGCUACAUUUUCACUCGCCAAUGAUUAGUGGAAAUUUUGAGGCCUUUAUAUGCAUAUUAGUACCUCAAAUUUAUUAAGUGAAUAAAUCCAAUGAAGCAAUUUUUUUAUCAAGUACCGUAUAUACUCGAGUAUAAGUAGAGUUUUUCAGCACAUUUUUUGUGCUGAAAAAGCCCCACUCGACUUAUACGCGAGUCAAGGUCUGUAUUAUGGCAACUUACAUUGCCAUAAUACAGAACAGGAUCGACGGUCAUGUUGGGGGCAGGCAGCAAGCUGUUAUAUACCUUUUGUAGCAGCUCUGGUCAGCUCCCUUCACCUCCGUGCAGCUCCUAGUGUAGGUCUCGUGAGACCCGCGGCCUUCAGAGCGUUGCCACGGGUUACCGUGGCAACGCUCCACGAGAUUUACACUGGGAGCUGACGGGAGCUGAACGGAGGUGACCGGAGCUACUGUAAAGGUAAGUAACAGCUCGCUGCCGGCUCCACCCCUGCACAGCCCAUGCCACUGGACCACCAGGGAUUAAGAUAGCCCCCCCCUCCCUGACCAGUUAACAAGCAGGGAGGGGGGACUAAAAAAAAAAUUAAAUAAUAAAAUAAUAUAAAAAUUUUUUAAAAAAUUAACAUAUUAAAAUUAAAAAAAUUAAAAUAAUAAAAAUGCCCUCCCCCCACCCAGUUCACACACACACUCUGCAGUCACACAAUUAUACACACUCUGCAUUAUAUACACACAGAGUGUAUGUAUAUAUAAUGCAGAGUGUGUGUUUGUAUGAGUGUGUGUGUAUAUAAUGCAGAGUGUGUGUUUCUAUGAGUGUGUGUGUAUAUAAUUAUAAAAAAUCACAGAAUUUCAUAGCCCCAAGUUUUACCCUCGACUUAUCCACAGAGCAUAGCAUAUUUCACAAUUGUUGGUCACAAAACUGCACUCGACUUAUACAUGAGAUCGACUUAUACACAAGUAUAUACGGGUAGUUUGAAUUAAAGGGAACAUCCAAGCAUCAUGACCUCUACAAGUUAAUGUGGCAGUUAUGUUACUAGGAAGCUAUCCAUGCACACAUUCCUUUUUUUUAAAUGUUGCUGUUAAGCUGCAGCAGUUAUUGUGAUUGGAAUGUCUCUUUUAAAGAGUUACUGCAUGCAUCAUAACCACUACAGUGUCUUAUGAUGCCAGGAGUAAACUGGCUUGGUUCCCUGAUAAUGGGUCAAAACUGUUUAACCAUUAGUACCCUACUUUGAUACGUUUCCAUUGCAUGAUUAUGUAUAGAGUGCAAGCUUUCAGGAGCCCUAACAUUUUAUCAUCAAGACCGAUAUGUCAUCCUGAAGCAGAAUCCUACAGACUUUUCGGCUAAAUGUCAGCUAAGGAUGUUAACGGCAUAUUUGGAUUAGUUGCAGAAUGUCACUUAUAUCCAAAGAUUGUUAUGAGUGGUGGUUGCAUGUUUAAUGUAGAUCUCUUCUUGACAGAAUAUACUCGUAUGGCAGAGAAUGUGGAGCGCUGCUUCAAAAAAGCCUUGGUCAAACACCUACCUGAUGAUGAUGGUGACUCAGAUGGGGAGACAUGGAUUAGGACGGAUGAGGACAAAUCCCUGAAGAGGCGAAGCCAGAUCCGACGCUCCAAAGCUGGGGGCUGGAGGAAGAGCAAAGAAGAUGGGGGGAGGAAGAAGCAGUCCCCAGAGAUUGGAAAGCAUCCAAUGUCUUCUCCCAUGCAGGAAGAGAUGGAAGGGCAUCCGGAUCCAACCAUGAUGAAUCCAUCCAGAGGACAACCAUAUCCUUACCAGCUGCAAUAUGGAGGCAUGCCAAGGCAAACAAUGCAUACAGCAAACAUGGUGAGAGGGUGACUGAUAAUGCCCAAAUAAACAAGAAUUAUGAUAUCAAGGAGUCUUUUUAACUUCUAAAUUUGACAGAAAAUAUCUCUACAUAAGCAAGAACUUGAGAUGCAUAAAACCUGCAGUAGAAUAAUCCCAGUGCUUAUCAUAAGAACUAAAGAUUUUGCAACCCAUUGUCACUUGCAAAUCUAAAUAAACUAUCAAAUUUUCCCUUUUUAUAAUGAAAGUUAUAUGUCCUGUAUGUAUAUAGAUUUAUAGAUAUUCAGCAGAUAACUAAAAUACACUAUACAGAGGAUUAACAAAACAAAAUGGCUUACUUCAUAGCAGAUUGAGGUCAUAUGCAAAACCUUGUCUUGCACCUUGUCUUGAAUUGAGCAGUAAAACUUCAAAGGCAUGAUCUAUGCACCAAAACUGCUUCAUUAAGCUAAAGUUGUUCUGGUGAUUAUUGUGUCCCCUUAAUGUUAUGUUGGUUGUGUGUAUGUGUGUGUGUGUGUGUGUGUGUGUGUAUAUAUAUAUAUAUAUAUUAUUAAAGAAACCCCUUUCUGUCAAGUAUAAUAUGUGGGCACUUAAAGAGAAACCCUUAUGUUACGGUAAAACAAACACAAAAACAUUGUUGGGGGUUUUGUUCUGGGGUCAGAAUUUGGACACUUGGCUGCAUCUUUAAUUGUUUUAUUCAAAAUUUCUUAAAGGACACUAUACUUAUCAAAACAACUUUAGCUUAAUGAAGCAGUUUUGGUGUAUAGAUCAUGCCUCUGCUGCCUCAUUGGUCAAUUCUUUACCAUUUAGGAGAUAAAUCAUGUUUGUUUCUGUUUUCUAAGCCCUAGCCAUAUCUUCCCAGGAUGUGACUCAAAUAGCCUGCAUGAAAAAAGAAAAUUGUUUCAUUUUUCAAUCAGUUAUUAACUUGGUCUGGAUGUUAAUCUCUUGCUCUGUAAAUUGAAGUUUAACCACACACAGUAGGUUGUGGCAGGGUCUAGAAGGCUGCUAACAGAGUAGAAGAUAAGGUAUUCUAAAUUGAAACAAAAUGUGCACUAAAGGAAGUUUAAAUCUUAGAUCUCUCUUGUGGAAGUGUUUAGAAAGGCUGUGGAAGUCACGUGCAGGAAGGUGUGACUAGGGCUGUAUUAAAGCAAGCAAAACUGUUAAGGUGACUAUAGUAUCAUUUUAAAUAAAGUAUCCAGCAUAUAUUAUGAGUCUCCAAUUUACAUGUCUUUUUUUAAUGGGGCAAGAGUUGUAUAAAGGUAACCAAGCUGCUAGCAAGGCUGACUUCUGCAGCCUAGACUUCAGAUAUUCCUCUCCCUAAACUUCUGGUAUUCCUGUUUGGUGUUGUGGGCAGGUCAUAGUUAUGUGGUGUAUGCCGAAAAAUAAUCCCCUUUGCAUUAGCUACGGGGUAUGUCUGACUCCACAUUUUGCUAAGUUUUUGAAAUGUGCAUUACAAGAAUCAAUUUUUCAGUUCUAAUAAAAUGUCAGUUUGUUCUAACAUAUUUAAUAUUUCCCCCCCAAAGCCUUCGGCUGCUCACAUGCAUGCACCACUAAGAGGCUCGGACACUGGAUUAGGGUACAGACCUUUGAGAUUUCCUGAACCACAUUUGGGGGAUCCAGUUCGGCAUACCCAGAGCUAUAGCACACAGGUAACUACAGCCAAACUAAAGUACUAAUGGUUCUCUCUACUCAUGAGCUGCAUUCCAAAGCAUUGUGCUUGGUCUGAUGUACAGGUAUUUGGUUCUAAUAUCACUAAAUAACAGAACGUAAUAUUCUUUUUAAGAAAUUAAAUGCAUCACCAUAUACCCAAAGGCUAUGAAUGGCAUAAUCCUAAAUAAAAUAGGAAUGAUGUUGCUUUGGAUCGAUUUCAUUUUUAUAUUUAUUUUUUUCCCUGCUUUACAGUGGGAUUAUUUAACAACAUGUAAUUGACAGACCAAAAUUGUGUUGACAUACACAAGGUGAAAAAAAACCUUCUCAAACAAGUCUAAGAGGGCAAGGCAGCUAAACACAAAUCUCUGUAAACUAUUUUUUACGGGGAGGGUGUGGGGUGUUUUUUUAUUUUUUUAUUUUUUUAUUUAAAGGAAUUUUCUUUUUUAUUCCAGACUGUUCCAGGUACAACUGACCCUCGGGGUCAUGAACUAUUUGAAAAUACAACAAAGAAUUAUAGAAAUUCUCAUAGACCUUACAAUGCUCCAACCUCUCCCAGGGCCAGAAUGGCUUUGCAGGAUGAUGUCUCGCAACCUCAAACACCAUUUGUUGCAGGAUACAUGACACGACCCCCAUUCCAACCUCCUGGAUCUUUCUAUCCACCCUAUAGAUUUGGACCCUCUCCUACCACAUGGAAUGGAAACACUACACAUGAUCCACAACAAAGGGCAGGUCCAACUCCAUAUCCACCAUCUGUGGAUUCACACAUGGUAAGACCCCCUGGACCAAACUUUAAUAGGCACACAUUCAGCACUCUAAGUAAUUCCAUGCUGGACAGUCCUGAAAUGGUAGCAAUGCAAAGACUCUCCUCACUCGCUUACCCCCCAAGUUCGGAGUACCCUUCUCCACCACCACCCAUGCCCUACCCACCAGCAGAGAAGCAUGGCAUGCCCACACUCCAUCCACCAGCAGAAAGGUCUGUUGCACAUACACUUUUCCCACCGGAAGAAAAGCCUGAGGCCCGUGCUUUAUACCAGUCAACAGAGAAGCCUUGCACACCCACUUUAUACCUACCCAAAGAGAAACCUGGGUUGCCUGUACAUUACCCACCAGAAGAGAAGGAUAAUACACUUGCACUACACCAACCAACAGAAAAUCCUGGUGCACCCAUUUUAUACCCACAAGAAGAGAAGCCUGGAACCACUGUGCUGUACCAAACAAGAGAGAAGCCAGAAGCACCUAUCCUGUACCCGCCAGAAGAAAAACCUGGUGGACCUACAGAAUACCAGCCAACAGAAAAUUCUGGCUCGCCCACACUGUACUCAUCAGAAGAGAAGCCUGGCACACCUGCGCUAGACAAACCGAAAGAGAAGCCUAGUGCACCUGGACUGUGCUCACAAACGGAGAACUCUGGUACACCAGGUGCAACCAGCCCACCAACAGACAAGACUUGUACAUCUAUACCAUACCCACCAGCAGAGUGUCCACCAUAUAUACCAACAAAAAAGUACCACCCAACAUCAGAGAAGCUUGAGAAAACUGUGUUUUAUCCACCAGCAGUCACACCAUCUACAAACACACAGUAUCCAGCAGCAGAAGAGCCUUGUGUCUCUACGCUGUACCAACCAGAAGAGAAACCAACCCCAUACCCAUCAACAGAGAAUCUAUGCGCAACAACUCUGUUCUCACCAACAAAGAAGCCGGGUGCUCACAUGCUACAUCCAUCAACAGAUCCUUGUGAGCAUACAUCAUACCCACCAACAGAAAAGCCUGACACUCUCACAGUAUACCCACCAACAGAGAAUUCCUGCUCUCCAACAUCAUACUCACACAUAGAGAAGCCUGGUGAACUUAUGUUGUGCCCUCCAGCAGAGAACUCUUACACUCCUACAUCAUACCCAUCCACAGACAAACCCAUUACAAAAAAAACAGAGAUGUGCCAAGGUCCUGCCAGAAAAAGAACAAGCAAGGCAUCGUCAAGGAAAGGUACAUAUUGAUAUGAGUCGAUCACUGUAAAACAUUUCUAUAAGAGUUAUUUACUAAUAUAAGAAUUGUCAGGAAUUUAAAGUUUAAUUACAAAUUUAAAGCCAAAAUAGAUAAACUGUGUGCAUAACUGACUGAUAGCUGACUGUAACGGAUCACCUGGCACCCCAACUGGGUACCUCCGUUGAAGGACGCUCCUAGCGCUUCCUGGGGACUCCAAGCACUGCAGCAGACACCACAACCACCGAACCGGAGAAGCAUACAAAUGCUCUCAAGCAUAUGAAUGCUGUAAGCAGCUGAACAGGAAAAGCAUACAAUCAGCUUACACUCCUGGCAAUCAGCAUACAAUCAAAUUCCCCCAAUAACGAGACGACACUUCGUUUUUGAGGGUCAAGCAGAACUGACUGUACUGGCACAUACAGCCUCUUUUAUUCCCAAUCCACAAACUUAGUACUGCCCACAGGGUUUUACAGAACAACCAAUCAAUCUGUACAAUACACAUAGACACUCCCACACAAAAUCCUCCCCUCUGCUUGUGAUAUGAUUACUGAACACAAUGGUUAAUCUAAUUAUCACAGGCAGAGAGAUACAGUAUCAUAAAACACAUCACAGGGACCCCAAAACAUGCAAUAACCCCAUAAAAAGUAUAUCCUUGGAACCGGGGGAUCUGGGUGAACCACAUAUCCAAAAUUCACCCAGAUCCGUUCAGUACUUUGGAAGAUACAGUUUAAUGCAGAUUCCACGGAACAUAUGCAGGCUAAAUGAAACACAAUUACUGUAUAAUGUGUCCCCUGUUGUAUAGUCCAAAACCACUGCACGAUGUCUCUGUGCACCAAAUACCGGCGAGAUGGCAACGUGUUGAAAAGUCCAAACAGUGUCUGUGAGUUAAAAUGGCCGCCAUCCAUUGUUCUCACAACAAUGGCAAUCCGUCUUCUCCAAUGCCCAGUUGCGAGGUCGGUUUCGCCACACUGACUAUUUGUGUUGUACUAGCAAAGUGGAUUUCUAAAAGAGAAUUUGUACAUUUUUUUUAAAAUUGAAUAUAAUUUUCUCAAGGCUAAUCGAAUAAGAAGUCCUGGUUGGCAAGUGAAAAGGAAACUAUGGGCUAAUCAUUGUUUACUGUUUUUUAAGAAAGACGUUUUGUUUUAAGAAAUUAAACCUGAUCUAGCAAGCUAGGAAACAUGUUUCCAGCAGGUACACUCCAAGUAAAAAAAAAAAAAAAAAUAACAUACAGUCAUGGGAAAAAGAAAGUACACAUGUUUGGUACUUUCAUCAUUGUUUUACAUAUCAUGAUGAAAUAACAAUCAUCUGUUCCUUUACAGUUCUUAAAAUUAGGUAAAUACAACCUCAGAUGAACAACAACAUAAUACACUGUGACAUAUUACAUUGUGUCAUUAUUUAUUUAACAAAAAUAAAUCCAAAAUGGAGAAGCUAUGUGCAAAAAACUGAGUACACCUUAUGAUUCAACGUCUUGUAGAACCACCUUUAGCAGCAAUAACUUGAAGUAAUGGUUUUCUGUAUAAGUUUAUCAAUCUCUUACAUCAUUGUGGAGCCUCUAGUCUGAGAUGUAACUCUUGUUUUUUUUUGUUUUUUUUUUAUAUUUUUUUUUUUGUUUUGCAAUUUCUCUGAGCAUUGCAUGACCUUGGGGUGAACUAGUUUGAUGGGCAGCAACAAUAGCUUCUUUAAGACCAUUGCUGAUGUCUUUUCUCCUUGACAUUGUGUUAAAGGGACACUAUAACAUUAGGAAUACAAAGUUGUAUUACUAAAGCUAUCGUGUUCCUCUUGACACACACACACACACACACACACACACACACACACACACACACACACACACACACACCACCCUCCUUAAAAAAAACCUUUAUGUACCUACCUGAUUCCAGUGCCAAUUUCUCUUGGCGCUCCACCUCCUCCAUCAUGACCGUUGCUGCAAUGCUUUUGUAUGGGGGUUUUUACUGAUGAUGGAUAUCCUCGUGCAGACGUCCAGCGUCAGGCAACCAAAAGUCUCCUAGCAAGCAGGAUUGACAGCCACUAGAGGCAGUCUUAUCCCUGCAAUGUAAAUAUUGCAGAUAAUCAGGGGCCCGGUCAGCGCUGCGGCCGUGCAAAAGUGCGACCGGGCCCCUUUAAAAAAUUGCAGCCGCAAAGUAGUGCUGGGAGGAAGUGAUGGCUGGUCACUUCCUCCCAGCAGGAGGGAAGAAAGACAGGCAGAGGACAGAAGAGCCACGCUGACUCCGAUCAGCCACAGCCAACCUCCUGCAAAAAAAGUAAGAAAAAUUAGCUAUGUAUGUCAGUAUGUGUAUGUAUGUAUCUGUAUGGAUGUCAGUGUGUGUCUAUAUGUAUCUAUGUAUGUCUGUGUGUGUGAAUGUAUGUGUAUGUAUUUCAGUAUCUGUAUGUAUGUGUUUGGAUGUCUGUGUGUCAGUAUGUAUGUAUUUCAGUAUGUCUGUCUAUGUACCGUGUUUCCCCGAAAAUACACCCUACCCCGAAAAUAAGACCUAGCUGAAUUUUCGGGGUGGGCUGCAAUAUAAGCCCUACCCCGAAAAUAAGACCUAGGCAUUGUACCUUUCGGUCCGGCGGGACUUCCUUCUUCUAUGAGGGGGAGGAGGAGCGUUGCAGGCCGCGGCAUCGCGCAACGUGAUGACGACGUGCGCAGCGUCGUCAGUCUGCCUUCACGGAUCUUCAGCGGAAGGAUCCAUUUCCGGGCGGUGAGGCACCCAGUGGUCGGACUCGGUGGGCAAGGAAGGCAUCUGUGAGUAGAUAUUUUAUGUCUGGGACUGAAUUAAUUAAAGGGGGCGGUGAAUUAAUUAAAGGGGGGGCUGGAUUAAUUAGAGGGGGGUGGAUUUAUUAAAGGGGGGUUGGAUUAAUUAAACGGGGGGUGGAUUUAUUAGAGGGGGUGGAUUUAUUAGGGGGGGUGGAUUUAUUAGGGGGGGUGGAUUAAUUAAAGGGGGGUGGAUUAAUUAGAGGGGGUGGAUUAAUGGAUUAAUUAGAGGUGGAUUAAUUAAAGGAGGGGUGGAUUAAUUAGAGGGGGGUGAAUUAAUUAAAGGGGGGUGAAUUAAUUAAAGGGGGGCUGGAUUAAUUAGAGGGGGUUGGAUUAAUUAUUAAAUUAGAGGGGGGUGGAUUAAUUAAAGGGGGGUGGAUUAAUUAGAGGGGGUGGAUUUAUUAAAGGAGGGGGGUGGAUUUAUUAGAGGGGGUGGAUUAAUUAGAGGGGGGUGGAUUAAUUAGAGGGGGGUGGAUUAAUUAAAGGAGGGGUGGAUUAAUUAAAGGAGGGGUGGAUUAAUUAAAGGAGGGGUGGAUUAAUUAAAGGAGGGGUGGAUUAAUUAGGAGGGUGGAUUAAUUAGAGGGGGCUGGAUUUAUUGGGGGGGUGGAUUUAUUGGGGGGGUGGAUUAAUUAAAGGAGGGUGGAUUAAUUAAAGGGGGGUGGAUUAAUUAGAGGGGUGGAUUAAUUAGAGGGGGUGGAUUUAUUAAAGGGGGGUGGAUUAAUUAAAGGGGGGGUUCAAUGUACAUACCGGUACCAUAAAUAAAUAAGCCCUACCCUGAAAAUAAGCCCUAGUGUGUUUUUUGGAACUAAAAUUAAUAUAAGACCCGGUCUUAUUUUCGGAGAAACACGGUAUGUCCUUAUGUGUGUUUGUGUCUGUGUGUAUGUUAGUGUGUGUCUGUAUAUGUCUAUGUGUCUGUUUCAGUAUGUAUAGGAAUUCGUUCAAAAUAUUUUCAAACUAUAGUCCGGCCCCCAACAGUGUCUGAGGGAUAGUGAACUGGCGCCCUGUUUAAAAAGUUUGAGGACCCCUGCUUUAACUAAACACACACUCAGUGAUUUGACAAACACUCACUGACACACAAACAUUUUCUUAUACAUUUACAAAUUGUUUAUUUUUUAUUUAAGUCCACCCAGCCCCACCUACCUUUGGGAAAGCUGGAGUGGAUCCUUUCCCUGGGGUCCAGUGUGACUGCUGUGAUCCUGUAAUCUUCACGCUUACUUGCUUAGCUUCCUCUUGCGCUGUUUAGUGAUACCAGAGCCCUGAGUGACAUCUUUUCAUAUCCGUUUCUCUAAAAUAAUUAAAUCCCUAAAAUAAUAUUGUGUGUAUGUAUUUAUAUCUAUAUUUACUGUACAUAUAAAAGCCCAUUUGUGAAACAUUUUUACCUUUCUACUUCAUUGAAUCCAAAUGCGAUUUGCUACGAUAUUUUGUUAUCAGUAGUUUUUCAUCUGAAUCUUGUAUGUUUCAUCUACAGUUUUGUCUUCAUCUCCUCUGGUCCCAGUGAAAUCCAAGACCAAGUCACCAGCCACAGUUCUAUCUAAACCAAAUCCCCUACACACUAAUGGGGACUAUAGAAAACCAUGCACCUUUCAAGGCCCCCCACUACAAACAGAUGGUGUUGUAACUGGUGUCUUCCAGGAGGGUGAAAAAUCAUGGUAUCCAGGUAGUGACAUGAAUGCUAGUUCUGACCCUCUAUCACACAGUCCCCAUAAUAGUCAAGGAAGUAGAAUUGUAUUGGAAGAAAAAGCAGAAGCAGCAAGAUUAAAGGAAUCUGGGCAAAGUACGCUAAAAAUGGAACACUCUUCUAUCCCUCAGCAGAAAGUGCUUCAUCCCUCAUCUGAAAUGUCCAGAUCAGAUACUAGGAGUAACUAUGUCUCAUGGAUUCCACCUGGCAGCAAUAAGUCUGGGUAUGGCAUGCAUCAGAACCCAGGGGUGGAGAGACCUCUUGGACCCCAUCAUUCUGGCUUUUCCCCUCAAAGAUUUGGGAAUUCACACCCUCAUGUUUAUCCAGGAACAUUUCCCAGGUAUCCACAGGGAUCAGCAUAUGGUUAUCCACAUCCACAGCAAGUACAGAAUUCCUACCAGUCUUACCAGCGGCCUUCCUACUACCAACAGGAAUACCCACAUUGGCAGAGUAAUGUACAACAGUCCCCUCAAAACCGGGGUGGCUACACUGGUGCUCUCGGAGUCCAGGGCAUUGCAGAAUUGAAGACAAUACUAAUGUCCCCUCUUCUAGAGGGUGAGCCCAAAGCAGUGCCAGGUGAAAGCAAGGGGCAGACUGAUGAAGAGACGGAUGGUGCCUCAGACAGGGCUGAAAGUCCUAAACAAUUUUUGGAUUUGGAUAAUCACAAGAGACAAAGUGGUGGCUUUGUAUAUGGCGGUCCACAAAUGUGGGGCAGCCCUAACUUCCGUCCACAUUCUAAUAUGAUGUCAUCACCAUCUUUCCCAGCUCAACAACACUACCAACCUCAAGGGUACCAGCAACCACCACUACACACUUCACCUCACUCUGCUCAUGGACGUCCUAAUGGACACACUCUACUAAGAUCCGGCUACCAACAUCCUGAGCACAGCAGGGGGCACUUUCAAGCUGUCAUGAUGGAGCAAAGUGGUGGGAUGCCAUCAUUUUCAAACAUGUACCGACCCCAAGAGUGAGUAUGAUGGGAGAACCAAUGUCUUUAUUUGAAUGGUUGGCUUUGAAAUUAAGUUGCACUAUUUUGUACAAUGAUCCUGACUCUCUAAACAUAAAAAUCACUACAUUGUAAGACUCUCCCCCUUUACUUAGACAGUGUAAAACAUUGCUGUUUCUUACAAGUGCAAUGUUUUGGGGAUUUUUGUUGUUUUUGUUUAAUUUUUAUUUAAAUGAUUUUGAAAACUACAGAAAUUUUAGGUAACAAAAAGUAGCCUAACUAGACAAAAUCCACAGCAUUAUCAAUACUAUAAACCAUAGGAAGAUCUCUCAAACAUAAGUUCCCAAGUGGUUGAUAAGAUAUAUAUACAAACAUUUUUGAGAAGAAGGAAAUGUAGUGUUAAUAUCUGACCAAGAAUAUACCUAGGCACUAUAAACACUGUGGCCGACUGCUAUGCUAUCUCAUACAUUAUACCAGGUCUUGCCAUUGCCAGGCAAGUACAUAGCAGGAGUGUCCAUGGCAAACUCAGCAUGGAUGAAUUUCUUCUCAAUUGGGGAAAAUUGUCACUCGCUAAAGUCUAGUGGUGAGUUGAAGUUUUGAGCACUCACCCCUACUUUAUAAUAACACUAUCAGUAAACACCAAUAUCUACAGUACACUAAAGAUUGAUCCCUAGAGUAACCUAACACUAAUCAUUGGCCUCUAAAAUAUUUUCACUUAUCCAGAUAGUGAUGGGAAGGAAUACUAUCAGGACGUGUGUGUGUAUAUACGUUAGUAGUAGUGGUAUACAGUAAAAACUACUCCAAGUGGACUGCUUAUUAGAGGAGUCAGUCUGUUAUUAAAAUAUAGGUUCUUUAUGUAGACACUCAGGAUAAAACUUGGUUUGAGCAAGUGUGGGAUUAGAAUAGUAUCUGUUAUAUUAACAAUGAAAACCUGUGUAAAAAUAUGAAUAAUAGAAUUUUUAAAAUGUAUGAUAAAUGUGCUUGGUUCACUUCAGGAUUUGUGCUGGAGUCAGUUAAUAGCUGGUUUGCUUUACUACAGCAUUUUAAUACUUUAAAGCAAGGCUUGAUUAUUUUUUGUUUUAAUUUCAGUAAGCCUUACUGUUUAGGGACUUCUGACCUAUUUAAUAAUUCUUAUAUUUUUAGGACUCUAUGUGUGCGUGGUAAUUGAUUCUUGUACUGAUUCAUGAAAAUGUAUAAUUUUGUAUCCCAAACAAAUCUAACGUUUUCUCACCUGUUAUACUCAACUGCUUGUCUAGGAUGUCCUUUCAAAUGCAGUCACCAUCAUUUCACAAGAACCGAGCCCUUGGUCAGGGUGAUAUGAUGCAGAAACCUCCAGCAGUGCCCCUGGACCAGGUAAAAUCAUGACUGCCUUAUAUCACACAAGUAUGUAAUGUCACUAACAAUGUGAAUUCUGGAUCUGUUCUAACUAAAGCUUCAGGUUUUAAAUCCAACAAGCCCUAACUCUUAAAAAUAUUGGAUCUAUUCUGACCAACGUCUUACUUGAUGAAUGGACAUUCGUCCUGUCACAAUAUAAAAGUAUUUUUCUUCUCUGUUAGUUGCUAGAUGAGGUGUUACUAUCUAAAGCUACUUUUUGCAGUCCUUUGAUAUAUGUUCCAUCUCUUCUUUCUCCUCAGACAUAACUUGUCAGUAUGACUCUUGAAGAAUAAGCUUUGUCUCAGAUGGCUGACCAGGUUCCCACUGCCCAAUAGAGACUGUGCCUUGACGGAUUCUCUUCCACAUGUUAUCCGCUCUACACGAUCACUGCCACAUUUUUGUUGCGCUCUUUUCUCGUAGCUGCAACAGGACCAAAAUGCGUUAUCUGUUUUACCGUAAC